AUGGAUCGUAAUUUUCCGGGGCGUACAAUAAUCGGUAUUUCCGGAUGGCCCGCAAGGUGGCCUCCAUCUCAUCGAAGUUUAUCGAUGUUUGGGGAUGAGGGUUUAUGCACAGAUAAUUUGAAUUGGGUGAUUCACAAGAAAACGAGUGGGUGGGUCGUAGGUGCCUCGGCGUUCAAAACUAUAACAAAAAUGCAGAUUAUGUUUUUACAAAAUAAAAGUGGUUAAAAGAAUUUUAGACUGCGGAAAUUUGACGAAUUUGAUUGAAAUUUAACAAAUUAUUAACCACAUUUAUGGUAGGGUGGGAGUAUUUUUGGUUUAAGGUGGAUAGGUGGAAAAUCAAAUCGCUGAUUCAAGGUAAAAAUACUUCGAGCCGCCACUGAAGCACAGCUAUAGAUAAUAAACUAGAUUGCCAGAAUUUAUAUAUACUAAUCGUACACACGUUUAAAGCUGCAUAACCGCCGUUAUUAUAGAAGUAGGUCAUUUGUAUCUUAUCAUGUAAUAAUUAUUUUGAUAACACAAUUUAUCACAGAUAAAAUUUAAAUGUUGAAACGAUGUCUUUUUUCGUGGAGGUAACCAAUUCGUUUUAUUUAUUUGACAAUUGUUUAAUUUUUUAUGGUGGUCGAAUCAAUUUAAACUUGUGAUGAUUCAUUGAAUGAUUUCAUGUUGUUUGCGGACUUAUAGUUCCAUAGUAAUUACUCGCACAGUGCGAAUCACACUUGAAAAAAAAUUAUUACGUGUAAGUAUAUUUCGAAUUUUCGUAAAAACUAUAUUGGUUAUAGAGGGCCUAGUUUUUAACCUGCCCUGGAGCCUUUUAUCAUCUAGCUAUACGCCACUGUCUGUUAUACCAACAAUCUCUACAUUCAGGAAAAAUAGUUGAUGAUUGAACUAAUGUACUUUGAAUCGCAGGGUUACACAGGUGUAGUUUUAUAUUAUAUAAUACACAGUGUAUCAAAUAAUACAGAUUAUUAUAUACGCUAUAUAAACAGUAACAGUAUUAUACUUCGUUUUAACAUGGCCAUUGAUAAUAUCCUACGCUCCAAAUUAUAACUAUAUCUAUUUUUAAUCCAUUUGAUCGAUGUACUUAAAAUGACGGAAAAUAACUCCACGUUUCAUCACUGUCUAGUUAGCAAUCUGGUUUAUUAUCCUUAUCUAUGGGCAUAUAUCCCCGGGGAAAUGUCUCGCCGAGAACGCGUGGUCCGCAGCUAGCCUUUGUCCCGCGAGAAAAACGGCUAUCUGCUCGGUUGUCCUGCUCGACCUAUUAUUAUUACCGCCCCAUGACGUCCAGCGAUAUUAUAAUAUUAUCAUUAAUGCGGUCGCCACGCAUAAAUUAACACCGUGCUUGAACUUUGCGCGUAAUAUUAUUACGAGACAUCAUUUGCAGAGACCCCAGCCCUGUCGUAAUUAGAUUUUCAAUUUUGUAAUCCUAUCGUGCUCAUUUACGUAUACGGGGCAUUCGUGUCUUCGCGGUCCGACAAAAAACGAUUCGAGCAACGGUUCGCUAUUCGAAACGACCGAUAAAGUCGGUAACGCGACUUUCCUGAAAUGGUUUAAUUGAAUUGGACGGAAUUUCUUCGAUACCGGAAUACCGGUGCCAUGCUAUAAUAAAUGCCCGAAUAAAUCAGGUGUCUACGUUAGAAAUAGAAAAAUGUCCAUAUUUUCAAAUAAAAAAAAUUGUUCAAGUUUUUUUUUUUUUAGAACUCUAUGAAACUUACUUUUUGUUUCAUCCGCUGUUAUAGGUCCUUUAAUUAGUCUUCAUUUACUAUAUAAAAUUAUUGUUAGGUUUAUUGAAAUGUAACUUGUAAGUAUACAAUUAAUAUAUAGGUAAAACGAAAUUUAUUCGUGUUUAUGUAAAUUUCAUUUUUGAUAAAUUUAAGAACACAAAAUUAAAUAGUGGAUUUGAAUAGGGUAUAACGUGGUACUUAUCGGUUAUCCGCUUCUUUGAGCUUUUUUUUAAACAUUUUUCCUUAUUGUAACUAAAUUGUUGAUCAUUUUUACUUAAAUGUUGAGAAAAAUCUAAGCAUUUGAAAUUUUACCUACAUCUACAUCUACCUAUACUUCAAAAUUCUCUAAAAAUCAACAUUUAAUUUUAUGCAUAUAAUUUAACUGUACAAAUGUGAUGGACAUUCUUAAAAAUUCACCCUGUAUACCUAGGCCUCUAUAUUACUUUAUUGGUUAUAAUCAUGAUUUUAUAAUUAUAUGUAAUAUCUAUAUAUUAUAUUAAACUAUGUUCAAUUUGACACAAUCAUUUUGUCACCAAAUUGGAAAAAAUAGAAUGACAUAUCAAUGAUCUAUUGAGCAUGAGAAUUUUACAAGGAAUGUCACUGCACUUUUUUAGUAAACUCAGUUUUAAAAUCAUAGUAGGUAAAACAUUGCUUUGUUCAGAAUUUAAAAAAAAGUUAUUCAUUAAGUCGAAAAUUGUUUUUCUGUACGAUAUAAUUUUAGUUUUAUUACGUUAAGCCGUUGAAUUCUUUUUAGAAAGAUUAGGGAUGAUCGUUAUUUUUUUUUUUUUUGGUGGCGUAUUAUUUGCAAUGAUGGGCAUAUCCGUAUUUAAAAUCCGGUUAAGAAUUUGAUUCAAAUUCGGAUUUAAAUAUUUGAAUAUCCGGAUAAUCUAGAUAUUCGGAUUUCAUAUCCAUCCCUAAUUAUUGUACCUAUCUAUGGCGAAUUGGCGAAUUAUCACGCGCAUAAAUAAUAGGUACUGACAACUAAACAUUUCAUUAGACGGCUUCAGAAACUGCCUAAAAUAAUUAUUACUAAUAUUUGAAGACGUAUAUCUGUUAGAUAUAGUUGGAUACUAUCUCACUAAAAACUACAGCAGUAAUAUAAAAAACACUCCUUGUCACAAAAUUUGGUGAAAAUUGCCUUUGAAACCCAACAAUAUAUGUUGCAGGGGUUCUGGGUGCCGAACCUCCAGGCUUUUAUAUUGUAAAAUAUCUAUGCGAAAUAUCGAACAUAAUGAAAUUGCCGGCAUAGAAAUUAUUCAAUUCGAAAUUAUCAAAGAAAAAAAUAUCGAUAAAUCGGAUGAGUCAUAUCAUAUCGAUAUAUUUUGGCCAUCCCUAAUACCUACCUACUUACCUAUUGGUACGUUAUGUCAUCAUAAUACAUAAUUCCGUUGUUUCACCAGUUUAAUAAGCAGGUAUUACUGUGCCAUAUUGUUAUUCUAGUAAAUCUGUGCGUCGCGUCGUAUCGUCACUCGUGUGUUUUACCAAAUGUAUACCCAUGUAUACUUCUUUAUUUCACCUUGUUACUUAGAAUACGAUUAUUAUUAUAUAAAUUAAAACCCGCAGGCACAUUGAAUCGUAUAAUAAUAAUACAUACCUACCGAUACAGAGUUAUAAACUUUUAUUAUUAUUAUUAUUAUUAUUAUUAUAAACGCGUUCGUCAAAAUAUUAUUAUAAUAAUAUAAUGUAAUGUAACUAUUGCCUUAUAAUGAUACUUAUAUGUAUGACGUAUCACAUAAUAUGUGCAGCGCAAACGAUUUAUUUAUUCAACACGCGGAUAGUGUUAUAUUAUACGAUAUUUAUAUUUAAUAUUUUUACGUAUAAGGUACCUGUCCGUCACGAAAAUUACCUAUUCAAUAUUCCGUUCGAUACCUGGCUUGUGAUUAUAAUAAUAUAUACGUAUAUUUAGGUACCUCGGUUUUCGUGUACCUGGCUUUAUAUGUAGGUACCUACGUAUAGAUGACGCGCGCGCAUGAGACGAAAAUAUUAAAUAUUAUUAUAUCGAACUCGCAGAGGGUAUAUCGAAAAAAGAAAAUAGUCGACGGUGUGAAUGUUUAAUUCGAUUAUUACACCGCUGUAAACGGAUUUCGUGUCCGAUGUGUGCAUUAUUAUUAAGCCAAGUGUUUGUGUUGUUCGUCGUAUUAAACAUACCUACACAAUACGAAGUAUUAUUGUUAUCGUACAUACCUGUACGGCUAAACAUAACAAUAUUAUUAUUAUUAUUAUUGACCAUUGUAUGCAAUGUAUUCAGUGGCGCUGAAAGCAGCAGUAAAGGGUAGUGGUUUCCACCCUUCUUUUAAUGUGUAGUGAUGGACUCGUGAUGGGUACCUGAGCCAUGAUUAUAUCGAACUGGUACGUGUGGACGUACUACCGUCUACACAACUUUUUAUCCGUCUGCCUUCUUAAAACAUGGUUCGAUGCCACUGAAUGUAUUAUGCAUCAUGGAGGAAACAAGACUCGAUUUUUGUCAAAAGAGUCGUAGAAAAAAACCCAAGAGGAAAAAGACCAAAACUACAUCGGAAGUUUAAAUUAAGAAGAACCUUCUUUAGGGAGGGGCCCAGGCUCCGGGCCUCGCGCAUUAUACUUAGAUUUAGGACCUCGCAUUCGACAAAAAAUACGAAUUAUAAAAUAAUAAAACAUACAAAUAUUUAAAAUUUCGCCCUGGGCCUCGUAAAUCCUAAGGACGGCCCUAAUUUUACUGCAUACUAGUCAUCAAAAUUAGAUUCUAGAAAAUCAAAAUUCGGGUUGACGGUAGGAAGUGUAGAAGAUCAAGAUAUUAAACGUAGAGGUGGUCGUGGACAAUGUUUGGGUAGAAUAUGGUCCCCACUGUCUUGCAUAAUAAAUAAAAUAUUAUUGUUUAUAGUAUGUUAUAUUGAUUCAAACUUUUUCCUGUCUCCUUAUGUCGAGAAGCACAAUAAUAAUAUAAUAGAUAUUUCUUUUCACACCAUUUCUUAUGUAUUACAAAGGUAUACUAUUAUAUUAUUAUGCGAAGAAGACGCGACUGAUGCGAACAAUGGCAAAAUUACAGCCUACCUAUCAUAGGUACACACGGCGUCUAAAUAUGGUUGAAAAAUAUUAAUAAUAAUAUAAUUACGUUCACAUCACACUCCGCUCUGGCUAUUUGAUUAUUAUUAUAGGUUCUAGGUAGGUUUCUGCAGCAGUAGAUCAGUUACGUCAUUAAAUAAUGUUGUAAAAAUAUAAUAAUAAUCGUAUAGGUAGAUAUUCUGCUGAAUGACCUUAAGCAAUAAUUGCGUACCAAUAUUUGAAACAAUUUGUGCACGAUGAAAAUAAACGACGUUUCGUAUACGAGGUCGUUUUACGACUCCCCGAUGAUGCCGAGGUACGAUUCGCAUACAGGGCGUCUCAAGGAUAUUUGACAAACAAGAUAACUUUUAUUCCGUUCGAUAUUUUUAGGUUUUUCUUUUUGUAACACUGUAUGGUCUUGCUCCAUGAUUGUUGAAUUAUAUAUUUUUUUAGAUUCAGGAUGAAGCGAGAAAUUUAUUGAUUUUACUAUGAUCCGUGUUUUUUUUUGGUGUGUGUAUCAGAAAUCUUACUCCAAUAAAAAAAAUUGUGUCGGAACUUUCUUGUAGAAUUUUUGAUCUAAUUAAUGCAUUGACAAGGAGGUUUGAUUUCCUUUAUAGUUCCUAAACUAGAUUAAAAAUUCAACAAAAAAGGUCUUUUGUCAUUUUUCGAUUGGAGCAAUAUUUUCGGUAAAAAACUAAAUUCGCAAAAAUGAAAUAUUAAUUUAGAAUUAAUUAUUAUAAUAUAAAUAUAAUUAUUAUAUUAUUGUAUUAUUAAUAUUUUCCAAAAAUUAAAUUAAAUUGAAUUUUCGUAGAGACUUGAAAUUUGAAUAGAAAACUUAUAUUUGCCUUUUCUAGGCGUGGAAAAAUUUUGAAAACAUUUGAGCUAUUUAUAAACAUUUUAAUUUCGCUAUUUAUUUUUUUGAUGAGUACUCGGUGGAUAAAAUGAUAAAUGUAAAUAAUAUUUCUAUUUCUGUAAGUAUUACAAAAAACUUAAAAAUAUUGAACGGAAUCAGAGUUAUUGGAUUUAUCAGACCUCCGUGGAAUACCCUGUAUAAUAAAAAAUAUUCGUUUUUUAUUACCUAUAUAUCCCCGACCGCGAAUAUAUAUGUAUACGAAGGAAUAAACAAAACGGCGUGAGUAUUACUACUAUUUUUGUAUACAUUAUUACACAACUUAAAAAUAUUAUCGUUUAAUUGUUUAGAUAGUCAAUAAUAAUAUCUACAUGCGAUGUUCGCUACUAAUUCAUCUGUCAUUGGCACGCGUAUAGUACUGCACCGAUUUAAUAAUUUUGUGACGUUGCGUCACACCAGCCCACCCCAUAUCGAAAUUUGGUACUUUCUGGUAUAUAAUCUUUAAUAUGUCAUUUGUAUGCAUUUGUAUGGCCAUGCCCGCCAUUUGUAUUCUACUUGAAAUUUAGUUAUAACAAAAAUAGGAGGGGCGAUUUGAACUGAAUUACAACAAAAAAACAAAAUUGAAAAUAAUAAAAGCAUUAUUUUCGUAAAUUGUCCAGUUUGUCCUACGUUUUUUCGGUUUUUCCCAAUAUUAAUGAAAAAAAUUCCCUUAAGUACCAACUAGAUAAAAUUUUCUUUCACAAAGAGUAUUAUACUUUUUCUCCGUACAAUUUUUUACAGGUAGAAAAAAAAAUCACUCGUAGUAAAACCAAUCCCUUCACUUCGCUCCAAAUCUGAAAAAUUACAUCGAUUAAGGUUGGCAUCGAAGACCUGACGAUCACGUUCAGAUAGAGAAAGUAUAAUUUUUCUAUCAAAAUUGCCGGUCUUUACGAAUAUUUUGAACAUAAUUAUGAUAAUAAAACAAAAUUGAAAAUAAUGAAACAGUUAUUUCCAUGGAUUUUCCUGUUUCUUUUACGUUUUUCCUGGUUUUGUUUGAUUAUUAAGAAAAAUACAAGAAAAGUCAAGCCUUAUUAUAGUUUUUUGAUUGAAGCAAAGUUUCUUGUAGAAAACCUAAAUUGAAAAUAAUGUAUUAUUUGUUUGAUGUUUUUUUAUCGUCGGCAUUAAAGGCAUUCUAUGUUAGUUUAUUUAAACGGCACUGCUAUAUUAGAGAGCUCAUUUAUACUAAUAUAUUAAGACGUACAUUGUGUUGAAUCUAAAUAAUGCUACACCAUUAAUAAUAGUUGACGGAUUUUCAAUCGUUUUCAGGAUUAACUUAUACAGGAGUAUCAGAAGGAGGAAGAGCGUUUUAGAAAAAAUGUAACCUGUAUUUUUAGUUUUUAAUGAAUUUAGCAGACGAUGCGGACGUUUUUCUGGUUUUGACAUUAGUACGAAGAUGUUACUGCACCACGUUUGAUAUAUUUUUUGGGUGUAAGUAGUACUAUAUUGGAUUGAACCAUAAUGAAAUACAUAGGUACAAUUUAAAAAUAUAAAAAUAGGUAAUAAUUUUAAACCUUUAUUUUACAUGUAAAGUGCGCAUUCAAUAAAAUACAAUUUUCUCAUACAGGAGCCAGUAAUUAUAGUUGUCGAGACUGUAUUUGUAUUGUUCUAUUUUUCUAAACAACUUCGACUUAUGAAGCUUCGUUCAAAAUCUAAACAUGUCAUGCAUCGUGGUCGUAAGUCUAGUACACUUAUUAUACUAACCGGAAACCUGCAUGGGUCAUACGGAUCAUAGUGCCUACGUCAUGCUCUUCUUUUCUGCCUGUUAUCAGUAAUUAUAAUUGGGUCAUACUAAUUUGGUUCCAAACAAUUUAAUAGCCCCACUAAUAACACACAGUAUUUUUUUCAAACACGUAUACAGUCUUCAAACAUAAAUAGGUACCUAUUUACAAAUUAAGAUUUCACAAUGAUUAAAUAAGAAUUGCUCAAAUGAAAUUAAUAGCAAUAAAAUAAAUUUCUAUAAGUAUUUAAAAUGUAGAAUUCAAGAAUAUUUAAGUUACUUUACUUGACAAUUAAAAUAUGUAGGUACCUACAUUUUUAUUUGUUGAAUAUUUAAAUUACUUUACUUGACAAUUAUAAUAUGUAGGUACCUACAUUUUUAUUUGUUUGGACCCAAUCGGAGGGCUAUAUAAUAUAUCCGCAACGUAUAAUCCCGGAAAGUAUUUCCCCAGAAUUAAAAAAACUAUAAACCGCAUUUGUCUAGAUACUGGAUAGUAUAAUUCCAGAAUCCGAAAAUAUAAAAACUGUAUUUGCCCGAAAUGUAUAUCGCCAGAACUUAUUUCCCCCGGAAUCUAAAAACUAAAAACCGUAUUUGUCUAGAAAGUAUAAUUCCAGAAAAUAUGAGUAUAAUAUGGUUAAACUGUAUAAUAGGUACUGGGAAUAAUUUUGCUAUUAGUAGUAGUAACGGUCGGCGACAUAUUCCGCAGUUAUACGGAUUUUAGAUUUUUUACUCCGGAUAAAAAUACUUUCCGGGAUUUAUAUGUUUCGGAAAUUUAUUUUCCGGAAUAAUACAAUCAUACAUGAUAAGAAUAAUUAUUUUUAUUACAUAAUAAUAUGAUAUCACAUUAAUCGCCUCUAUGUCAUAUUUUAAACAAAACAAUAUAACAGCGGUUUUACACCGUUUAGGUGCUUAUCAGUUAUAUAAUGACUAGUGAGGUCUCCUAAAGGUUGAUCUAUUGAAUAAUAUCUGACUAUAUUGAAUACUAUAAGUGAUAGGUAUAUUGUGAUAAACGACAUGCAAUCAACUAAUUUUUUUUUAUAGAAUCGGAUAAAAAUGUUAGUUACAUUAUUUGGUUUAAUAUUGUCAUUUUGCAACGAAAUAAUACAGAUAGAUAAGUAGGUAGGUACGCUUGGUAUUAUGAAAAAAAGUUAAUUACAAUCAUUAAAACACAUAUAUAUAUAUAUAUAUAUAAUUGAAGAAAAUAUAACAAGAAUGAUUAUAAUUUGUAAGUAGAUAACUAUGAGAUAUUACUAUAAAUGGACUACUGCAGGUUACCUAACCCAAUGACCAUAUAUUAUAUAGGUAAAUAUAUUUUAAAUUAUUAUAAAUUUUGUAAUUUAGUAGCCAAUAGGAAGAUAUAUAUAAAGUUUGUAAUACCAAUAUUUGAUACAUAUUAUACAACAUUAGUACCUAAGUAUACUAGGUACAAUUAGAAUGUUGAAAUAAAACGAAUACAUUGUUUUUAGACCAACCUUGUGAUUUCUAUUUGAAAUGACAAAUAAUAUCUAUUUAAUCAAUUUUAUUAAAAUUUAAUUCAAUACCUAAAUUAUGCUAAUGUACAUAGGUAGAUUCCUAAAUGUUGAAGUCAAUAUUCAAAAACGUUUUAAAUUAAUUUUAAUAUCAUAAGAAUCGCAUUUGUUUAAUUAUAUAUUUGUUUAAAAGAAAAUUAUAUCAUGAACAUGGUUUGGAUUCCCCCGACGAAUUCUAUAUUCCAUUAUUGAUUUUUAAAUCGUUUAAUGUAAAUAAAAAUUUACUAAGUAACAAACGUAAACCAUUAAAAAACUCGAUUCAUCUAGUUGAUUAAAACUCGAUAUGCAAAAAAGUAAAUAAUAAUAUAUUUUAAAAUCAGAAAACCUAAAUGUAAAUUAUUUUACAAAUAAACAUUAUGAAAUAACGAAUUAUACCAAUAAGCCAAUCGUAUGUGUAUCUAUGAAUUAAUAAAACAUGAUUUUUGUGUAAAUUAUAGAGUUAAUUUACAUUAAUAGCCAGGAAAAAUAUCAAAAAAUUGUUUUCUUUUAAAUGUAUAAUAAUAAAUAAUAAUUACGAAUUUAUUGAUGCGUUACUAUUAUAUCAUUAUAGUUUUAUACCAGCGUAAUACUAUGCAUUUUCUACACUCACAAGACACAUUAAAAAAAAAAAACCGAUGAAACCAUGGUUCUGUAUACUAUAGCAAUAACAGCCAUUUUAUAAUGUUAUUAAUAUAUAAAGGGGACAACGACAAUUAUAGUUCAUAGACCCGUGGGAAAUUCAGUCCCUAACAUCCUUUACCCACACCCAUAAAUACAACAUUAACUGGGAGUUAUAAGUUAUAACAUAUAUUAUGCUCGUAUAAUAAACCCCAGAGUGUGUCUGGAACAUUAAUAAUAAUAAUAAUACUUAAAGUUAUUACAUGUGGAUAUAAUAUACCAUUUCAUGAUUAAAAACAAACAAAAUAUAGGUAUACAGAAUGGUCCAAUGAAGAUAUAGCCAUUGUAAUGUAAGUUGUAUUUACUUUUUUCGGAAUUUUGUUUUAUACAAAUAUCUAUAAGAAACAAGCAGUUCUAAAACGUUCCUUGCUAAUGUUUUGUAAGGGAAGAUGGGAGAAAUUAAUACCUACUUUUAAUUUUUAAAUAGUAACCUGUAAGUACCAAUUAAAAAUGUCAUAAAUUGAAUUAGUAUUAGUUUGAAUAUAUUUUGGCAUUAAAAUUUACAUUUCUGUUAACGCGUUUUUGAGAUAUCCAUUUUUAAUCCAUUUCAUCUCCAGUAAAGGGGAAGUAGUGGAGCAUCAUUUAUGUGGUAGCACGACACACAACGUUUGAAUACUCUGCCCUAUCUAAAUUUGAAAGUGGAAUAUUUCGCGUUGACGGAAAACAAUUAUGUCCACACUUCAAUUUAAACUAAUACUUCAUCUAUUUAUGCAAUUUAUACUGUUGAAUAUAGGUUACUAUAUAAAAAUUAAAAAUAGGUAGCCUUUUUACUUGUGAAAAUAAGGGUGACAAAGAAUAACGAUAAUGUAACAUUUUAGAGCUGCUUGUAUCUUAAAUUUGUAUUAAAAAAAAAAGCCUUAAUACUUGGUAAUUAUAGUAAUUAACUAAUAAGUUAAUACUUUCCGAGAUAUUACAAUGAUUAUAUUUUCGUGGCAUAGGCGUGCAACGCCUUACUACAACAAUGUGUGUUUCCAUGACAACAAUGAUUGUUUAAAAAAGAUUAAAAUAAUAAAAACUUAAUAACAAAAAAUAAAUAAAAACGGUUACCAAUGUCCGUGCCAAAUGCAAAAUGCCUUAUUUUUAAUCUUUCAAUCUUUUUUAACCUUAAGACCAAGUUUUUCCUCAUUAUCUCGAAUAUUAAUGAGAAUUUAAAUAAAAUGAUCUCUUUAAAGUACCACCCAGAGAACAUUUCCUUUCAGAAAAGGUACCAUAUUUGAUAAUCGGAGCAUUCUUUCUGGUAGAAAAAAAUAAUACACAUCAUUGUAAAAUCAAUACAGUCCUCGUUCCGCUCUAAAAUUAUUAUUGAAAAAAAAGCAUAUAAAUACUAUUUAUUUAUUUAUUACAAUAUACAGUAUUUUAUAAAAUACAGAUGACUGUAUAAAUAAUAUACUGAAUUAUUAUUGACUAUUGUUAUCGACAAUAUUAUAGGUCAAUAAAUUACUCAGUAGGUCUCGCGUGCUAUUGAACCGAAUAAUACAAUUUACAUUUAAGUUGUUUUUAAUAACGAUGUAUGUAUGAUUAUGUAUAGCUUAAAAUUUAAAACAAUUGUGACUAAACCUUGAAGCACGGAAAUAACUAUUAUAUAAGUAGGUACCUAUUUAUUUUAAUAGUACAUUAUAGUAACUAUAGACGAGUAGGUAUUAAAAACGUUUUUUAGAUUUUUGCAGAGCGUGAAAUGCCAAUUCAUUUUACUCUGAUGAUAUUUGCCUAUUUUGGAUUCUAAGCGAGGCGAAGAAUGUAUUGAUUUUACUAUGAUGCGAAUUCAUCACGAUGGUGGUUGUAUAAGCUUAGCCCAUACAACGUGAUCAAUAUAACAUAAGACACUUAUUAUUUCGGAAAGUAUUAAAUUUGUUUUUUAGAUAAUUUAAGGAAUAAAUAGAUCUAAAAUCUCUAAAAACAAAUUUCGUAAAAAAUGUGUACUUUCCGAGAUGAUGCGUGUGUUCGUUAUGUUAAUUAUCUUGUAUAUUAUAUUAUACCAUUGCUAUAUUUAUGAGCUUUAAAAUGGCUCCUAUGAACAAUAAUCUCCCAUUAUAGAAUUACGAGUUACUAGUUAAAGUAACUCAAACAGUGCUAACUUAAAUGCUAUACUUUAAUAUUUAAUUCUAAAUUCUUAUCAAUGAGUACUAAAUUUAUUAGUAUAUUUAACUAAUGUCUAUGUAUAUUUCUCAAUAUUAUUAAUAUUUUACUAUAGAUAUAUUAUAUGUAUACUGUAUAUCAUAUGUUAAUAACUUAAAAUAAAUAAAUUCAAUGUAUAGGUACUAUAACUUUUAAGUGUUAUUAUCAGGGUUCGGGAUUUAUAGAAUUUGCUUAAUUUUUUUUGUUUGGUAUUAAAUCUAGCAGAAUGCUGUGGAAUUAAUUCUUGUCUGUUACAGCAGUUUCAAAUUUCAAAUUUAAAAAUACUAAUCUAACCAUUAUUUUCAUGUUUGUGAAUACAUUUUCUACCAGAAAUCAUGUUACAAUCAAAAAAUUACAUUUGUAUUUCAUUUUAAAUAAAGUUAAUUGGUUCUUUGAGAAGGACAUCAUAUUUUAAUUUUCCAAGUGGUUUUCAUAAUUAUUGAAAAAAAAAAAAGUUUCGAACAAUUAUUUGCGGUACUACAGCAUUAACGAUUUUAGUAUUUUAAAUUGUUUGGAUUUUAUUUUUCUACUAGAAUUAUCCUUGAAUCGAAAUUCAAAUGUAGCAUAUUUUCUAAAAAACAAAAUUGUAUCUUACUUGUGAAUUUCAAAUAAUAGGGAAAAAGAUAAGAAAAAUGGGAAAGUUUACGGCCGUAACAGUUUCAUUAUUUUUGGUUUUGUUUAUUCCUUGUAAUUCAAUUAAAAAUAUUAGAGACCUAAAAUUUUCACAGAAUACUAUCAUAUAAUCAUUUUCUAUAAUUCAAAAUAUAAGUUAGCGAUAAGUGUUCAAAACAUUCUGGAAAUUGUUGAGCUAUUGGCAUUUGACAUUUUCGAGAUUUAUUAGUAUUUAAUAUUAUGUGGGUAAAAUUGCUUGGUCGUGCACAAAUGCUUGAAAACUUAACCAGAGGUUCAUUAUGAGUUGUACUUAUUAUGGUUAAAAAAAAAAAAGUCGAAUGUCAAUCAGUAGUUUUUUUAUGCGUCUUAAGUUAAAAAUUUAACGAACAUCGUAAAAACUCCGACAUUUUAAACAUGUGUAACUGAACUUUGCUUGGAAUCAAGUUUCUCGGAUUUCUCUAUUCUAAUAUUAAUAGACAUUAAUUUAUAUCAAUUUAGAUUUAUUAAAUCUAAUAAUACAUUUUUUCAUUCUAAUUUUAUAUACUUUAUUAUUUUAAUUGACUUUCUCUUCCGUUAGGACAUUUUUUCAAUAGAUAAUAGACUGUCGGAAUACAAAUUUUUAUAUAUUUCUCGAAACUAUAUUUGUGAAUUUCAUGUUUAUUGUUUAUAAUGUUUGUAAAAAAUAAAUAUAUACAAUUAUCUAUUGAUACCUAUAAAUAUAUAAUCUAUAUAGUUCUUUAUAUUCAUUACAAAUAUUUGUUUUUAUUUGUUCUUAUCGUAAUUCAUAAGAAUUAACCCAUAAUAUGUUGUACAUUAUAUAUUAUGUAAAACGUCGGUUAUAACUGUUUUAACUUUAUAAGUAUUGUGUGUGUACUAAUGGCGAGUAUCAAUAUUAUAAUACUAAGAAGUAAUCAUUUUUGAAAUGGUAUAAAUAUAUAUUAUCAACUAUUGAUUAGUUAUUAGUUAAUACAUUAUGUGUUUGACUAAUUAUAGUUGAAUUGUUUGUACAUAAAUAUAUAUUAAAUUUAACUAAUAAUUAUUGUUGCGUUGUCUGUUGGCGGAAUAGGUAGCAAUGGGCAUUUGCUGUCCCAAAUCCCACUAACACUGUAAUAAGUGAAAUAAAAUUAGAUACGUUAUUGUGGCGAAUGUUCGUUUUAUGUCACAGAAAAUUAAUUAGUUAAAUGUAAUAAUUAUUUAAAAAAAUGUAUUAUAAUAUGACAUAUUAUUAUGUUGAUGUUCUAUUCGGUAUUCCCAGAAGUAUUGCGCGAACACACAACGUGUAUAUGAUGUUUAUUAAAAUAUUAAACAUUAUGCUAUUUCAUUAACGUUUUGUCCCUUUUUAAUUAUGAUAGUCGCUUAUUUUUAUACUAAAAUCGAUUUUGUUUGUUGCUAAAACUGUGUGUAUACUAUUUUAUCUGACUAAGUAACUAAGUUGAAUAAAGUUAAUACAAAAAAAAAAAAGGUAUAAUUUAAAUUUUAACUUUGAAGUACGUAUAGCUACUGCCCAGCUUUGACGAAAACUUAAAAAAUUAAAAGGUACAUAGGUCUGCAUUUUGUACGAUUUUGUGUUUAGUUAAAACACUGCAAUUUGAGAGGAGAAUAUUUUCGAGGACUGUGUGUACCUUUUUUUUAAAAAAAAUUAACGCACAAAAAAAUUACGGCUAUCUAUAAAACAACAAAAUCUAACAUGGCAAUACAUUUUAGAUUCUGAGUGGAACGAGGAAUGUGUUGGUUUUACAAUGAUGUUUAUUUUUUUUUUUUGUGGACAACUUUUCUACUAGCAAUUUCGCUCCGAUUUUCAAUUGUAGCACUUUUUCUGAAAGGAAAUCUGACUGGGAUGUUACUCUGGGAAGGUCAUUUUUAUUUUGCCAGCUGUUUUCAUAAUAAAUGGAAAAAAACGUAACAAAAACGGGAAGAAACGUGGAAAAAUAGGUUCAAUAUUAUACAAAUAUUAUUAAAGAAAAUGUUUAAUGAUAAAUUAUGUAAUUAUUUUACCAUAAUGUGACAUAUGUAUUGUUCACAAAGCAACACUAUCAACCGAAUUCAGCUCAGAAUCGUUUUUUCGUAGGAAAUUAUUAAUCGUAGGUUAUUCGUUGCAUGCAGAUAUACAUUAAAUCUCUCCUACUUACUAUCUUCCCAACUUCUCACCUAUAACUGUGGCUCAUCCGCGCGUGAAGUAGAUUCGUAUUUUUUUUUGCAUCAUAACUUUUAAAAAAAAAACCUUAUGUAAACUGUAUAACAGCCAUUGAAAAUAUUCACGCUCCUCUUUAAAUUCUGUUAUUCGUGUUUAACCAUUAAUUUCAACCUAAAUGCUACAAUUAACGUUCUGAUAGUAACACAAUCUUGCUGUUAGUCUAUUGAUUAUAAAGGCUAAAGAUUGCAGAAACUAGUGUUCUCUCCCAAAUAUACUAUUAGCUUGAUUUUCAUCAUAAGCAUGUGUCUUAUAUGUAAUUUAAAAAUUCCCCCCCCCCACCUCUCGUUAUCUUAUCCUGAAUCCACGCCUGAUUGAGGCAGUAGAUACGGGUAUGGUGUUUUUAAACACUCGACAAAUAGCUAAUAAGAGUGCAGAUUUAUAGUAGUUAACGAGCUUUUCUCGACGGGAACCGAAUAUUUCUCACGCGGUUCGAUGAUAAUAAUAAAUAACUGAACGAACAAAUUCAUAAUAUAUUAUCCACUCAUCGGGUUACUCGACGAGUUUAAGACCGAAAUAUUGAUUUGUGUACAAUACGGGUUUGUUAUUUUUAUUUGUUUUAUUACUAUUCGGCGUAUAGUACUGCGUUUUUGGAGUGGUGAAUGGAAGUGGUACUCGAGAUAUCGAGUUUUUUUUUAAAUUUUUAUUUCGUUCAAUAUUUAUCGACAUAGGUACUUAUGUUAGUGUCAUAGAGUCUCGUUAAAUUGUGUACAAAUAGCUCGACAGCGAAUAUCGUCUCUGGUAAACGGCAAAUUUACUCUUCCGGUACAAAUUAAUCUUUUUCAAUCAUAAUUGUCGUAUUAUAAAAAAAUUUAUUUUAUAUUACAGAACGAGCGCGCGUAUUCGUGAGUCGUAUAAAUCAUCCUGACAUCCUCUGCAGGUAUAUAUCGCAUCUGGACUUUAAUAUCAUUUACUACCUUUACGGGUAUGGAAAUUAAUGUUUCUAGUCAGAGUCGUAUAUUAUAUCUUAUAAUAUAUUAUUAUUAAUUAUUUUAUUAUAUAGUGUCGGGGCUUAUUCUAAAGAUUUUUACAUAUCACUCAAAAUGUACUGAAACGAUUUGUUUCAUAAAAUUCAUUUGGACUCAUUUAUUCAUAUUUAUGAUUUUGACUAAAAAAAAAAAAGUGAAAAAAUGUGAAUUUGCUUCAAUGUUUAAAAAAAAAUUUGGGACAUCUCCGUAUCAUUUUUCUCCAUUACCAGUUAUAUUAUCUUAAGAGGAACCUUGUACUUAUUAAAUUUUGAUGUAUUAGGUAUUCAAAUUAAAAAAUUAUGAAUUUUUAAUUCAAAACAAUAAUAUACAAAUGUUUGUGAUUUUGACGAAUUAUUAUUAUAAUGUAACAUUUAAAAAAAAAAAUUGUUUCCUUUUCAAUUUUCAUCGUUUUUCAAAUGUACGAAGAAUAUUUUAUUAGUUUAUGAAGCAUUUUCUGCCAGUGAAAAAGUAAUCAACGGGUAUGAAUCUAUUAGCGAUUCUGAAUCCAAUUAAAUUUAAAAUAGGUAUCUGGGCAAUUGAUAAAGUCAUUUAAAAUAUCAUAAAUAAAUAACAUUAUAUCCAUUAAAUCAUGUCUAAUGGAAAACAAAUCAAGACCUAUAGAAUCCUAAACUAAAUAGAAUGUAUUUAGAGAUAAGACAAUGCGAUUAUUUUCAUAUAUUUAUAUUGAACAUUAUUAAAAUCAUUAAUAUAAAUUGAAUAAUUAUUAUCAGACCAAAUUAAUGAACCGAACUCUAAAUUUAAUGUAACUAAAGAACUGUACAACUUUUUUUAAACAGAAAGAAUUUUGAACUUCCACAUACUAUUUAUUGAUAAUCAUUUUAUGAUUUAAUUUAAAGAAUAAAUCAAAUGCAAAACAAUUACUUAGAUCAGUAAUUGAAUAAUAUUUUUCGAGAGAACUGCAGUUAUCAUAGAAUUAUUAUCAAGAGGAUAAUAAAAUUAUGUACGAAAGUAUGUACACUAUGUGUAAAAGUUAUAACUUAACAUUAAUUAUAAUUUUCUAAAUAUAUUUACAAAUAAAUAUUUAAAACGUCUGCCAAGUUAUAUCUUGCAGAAGGAGAAGUCGAUUUUAAUUCUUCGAAUUUUUAGCUACACCGUGGUGUAAAUUAUAAAUGAACCUGGACCGUUGCGUUAUAAAUUCCAAAAGUGUUUCAAAUAAGUUUACGUUAUUGAAUUUCUUGACCGAUGACAGACGGCUGCUGAAAAUCGUAUUAGGUGUCUAAAUAAUAAUAGUAUUGUUAUUAUUUAUUAUAUAUUUAUAAACAGAUGUUAUAGUUUAUGUAUUAUAUUCGAUUCGACAUUAGUACGUUUUAAAAAAUACAUACUUUGACAAUCGAAAUAACUAUUAUAGUAUUUUAUCUGGUCACGGGAAACAUAAUUCAAAAUAUUAAAUGACAUCACACGAUAUAGAAAAAAUUGUUGUUAUUUAACAAUUGUAUACACGCGAUAUUAUUAUAUAUUAUAUAGUAUAUAUAGUGCGAACGAUUCAAUUAAAACAAAUCAUUUUCAAUCUUAAGAGCAACGAAAAAUGAAUUGGUUUUCCAUUAUGUAUAUGCUUUUUUCUGUCUGUGAAUAACUUUUCUACUAGAAUUCUUACUCGAAUAAAAAAAUAACAAGAAAUCUAUUUUGUUGGAUUUUGGAUCUAGUUGGUACAUUGAAUUCCUAAGUUCUUUUCAAUUUUCCAGGUUUUUUCAUAAUAAUCGGGGAAACCUGAAGAAAACAAACAGGCAGUGUCAUAGAUAUUUUAACAAUUUUAUUGCAUAUUUUAAAUUUAUUCGAUUUUAGUUUUUUACCAAAAAUCAUUAGCUACAUCUUUUGUGAAAUAAAAGGUUAUCUAGAUAGUGUAAAUAAGGAACUCGUCUUUUGAUAUUUCGUGAUAUUUUCUUAAUAAUUGGAAAAAUUCGUAGAAAAAACGGUAAAUUUUACCGAAUAUAAUGGUUAUAUUAUUUUUAAUUUUGUUUUUGUUGUAAUUAUGUUCAAAAUUAUCUUAGAGACCUGACAUUCUCACAGAAUACUAAUAUUACUCUUUUCUAGAUGUUUUAAAACAAUUUGGCGAUCUUUAACGUUUUUAUACGAAUAUUUGACAUUUUUGAGUUUUUUUUGGCUUGGUUUUAUUUAGAUAAAAUUGUAUUGGCUAAGCAGAAAUUCUUGUAAUUUUACCUCUCAUUACAUUUUAUACUUAAUAUUAAAAAAAAGACAGUUGAGCGUAAUGUAGUAGGUUUAUUUACAUUUUUUAAUUUAACGUUGACAAAAAUCGUUGCAUUUCAAAACAUAUUUAACUGAAUUUACUUUGGAUAAUAAUUUGGACUAUUAUUGAAAUUUGAUAAUUUAAAAUUAUAAUUGCAGCAUUUCAAAACAUCUACGACCGAACUUUGUUCUGAUAAGCAAUGGUUUAUCGUUAUGUGCAGAUAUAAAUAAAUAACUUUCCAACGUUUUAAUAAUAUAUUAUAGAGUUUCCGAGAGAUGUAAAUAAAUAAUAUUUGUAUUCUUCUUCUCUUUCGCCUUCAUCACAAUUAUUUGGUGUCGGCCACUCUCGUCUUAAUAUUUAAAAUUUGAUAAAAUAAUCAUUAUUAUAAUAUAUUUAUCUAUACGUUCAGAAAUCGAUCAGAAAAUUUGAUUAUUGAAUGUAUAUACAGUCGAAAAUGUCGCAUUGAACGUUAUCCAUAAAUUCGUUAGUCACUGCAUGUCACAAAUUUGUAGUGAGCCCAUUUUGCCAUUUGAGUACGGUUAUAUAAACCUGUAGUCACCGUGGUCCGUAACAAUGGAGAUAUUAGUUUAAAACUUGCAAUAUAGGCCAUAGUAGAAUUGAUGUCAGAAUUAUAGUCAUAGUUAUAGUCACGUCUAUAUCCGUGAUGUUCGUGAUUUAUAACCAGUGUGACUGGUAAAAUGAAACGAAUUUCAUUAUUUUGUAACUGCUUCCAAUUUUAAUAGGAAAUAUUCACCUGUUAUAAUCAACGAUUUUGUGGGGUACCUAGCCAUUUAGGUAUAGUAGAGUUGAAUUUUUGCAUUUUUGGUUUUUAACAAUAUGAUAUUAAUGAUUUUUACUACACGGUAGCACGCCUCCAAAACAUCCGAUCAGCAAAUGACGAAACACAAUCCUAUUAUGUACUAGUAUAUGUCGUGCGAAGAUUGCGGUACACCCGUAUUUCCGGUUUUUUUUUUUUAUAAAAACAUUUAUGUACCUACUAGUCUUCUUUUGUUUUGUUCCGUCAAGUUUUCAAUGUUUCCGCACGGUUUUCUAUAUUGUGCAAAACUAAAUAUUUACCUAUACAUACAGUGUGAUUACGUUCACACAUAAAUAAUACUAAAUAUUUCAGGUGGAUGAUCUUGGAUUUAAAUUAUAUCCUCUGCAGGACGUAUAAAGAGCACUGCAAUACGCACUUUAGAAUACAUUUCAGUUUUUAAUUCUUUCGUUGAGUGCAUGUGAAAUACAAUGACAUUUUUCCAGCACAUUUAAUUUUUAUCUCAAAAAUUACCUAAGAUACAGUUACUAAAGUUAGUUAAAAAUUAUGAUUUUUCAAAAAAUUUAAAACGUAUGUGAUUAUGUAUGUGUGAUCUUUAUAAAUAAUUUUCUUUCCAUAUAAAACAGUAGUCAAGUAUUUGUUCAAUUUUAAAGGUAUUUAGGUAUGCAUAUUAAAUUUGUUUAAAUCGAUAUUUCAGUACCCCUAUCACCUCCUGAAAACUGAGUUCACAUCCAUGAUCAUCCGGCCGAAAUAUUUAGUGUGACCUAAAAACGUAAUCACACUGUACACUGUAUAUACUGUAUAAUUUUACAAUUUUAUUAGGUAUUAUAUGUGUUUACUCGUUCUAUAUUUAAUGUAUCGCGAUGAUGCUUAAUUUCUCUAUAUAGUUUAAAUAGUCGAGAAAAAUAGUUUUUUACCGAACGACGAAACGUUUUCUUCAUUCAUCAGUGAUAAAAAUAAUAAAUAAUAAAAUUACAAAAAAAAAAAAUCGACAUAGUCCAUGAUACUUUCACUUAGACGUAUUAUGUACUACCGAACGGUAUGCAAGCAGGCGCGCCCGGUUUCGAUAAUAAUAGUGUCCGAUAUGUUAGCGAAAUAUUUAAACACUCUUGUUCUCUGCGUAUAUAUUUAUAUGAAAAUGAAACAUACCACAGUAUCAAAGCUAGUUAAAAAUUUAAGUUAUAAUAAGUAACUUUGACCGAUAACUAUUAACUUGACAAGUUAAAAAAACUCGGAAUGUAAUAAAAUAACGUAGUUAUUUCUAAAAAGUUACUUUCGAAUUUUUUUUAAAAACUGUGAACUUAUGUUUUUAGUUUACCGAUUAAUAUUAUAGGCAUGCAAUCUACGCAGGGAUUCGGGAUACCCACACGAGUAAUGUAGGUAUAUUAAAUCUAUACAAUUCUAAAUAUUAGAGUAAAAAAUAUGUUUAUGAAAAUAUAUAGUAAAGGAUAAUUUUCAUUAUUGUUCGUUAAUGUUUGUCGUUAAAUUCGUGCCUAAUUUAGAAUAAUAAUAUGUGACAUUGUUGUUGUUAUUACUUAUGUAUUGUAUCCGCGUAUUAUCCACGGGAGAAAAAACGAGAUUUACGGUUGUAGAAAGUUUUGUGUCGUUUUCUGCCUUUAAUUUUUUUGGCAAAAAAUAAAUAAAUACUUUUCGCACUCAUCAUUCUGCCGAUAAAUAUAUUGUGUGCCUAAAAAUACGCACAUACCUUGGAACAUUCAUUUAUAAAGUAUAAACUCGUUCAUUAUAAGUACCAAGUAUAUAUGGAUAUAAAAUUAAAAUAGGCCCAUGAACUAAUUCAUCUUUUUUCUUUUUUUUUAAUAAACUUGCUUAGUUUAAGUUUACUUGAACGAACAUAUAAAAAUUGAAUUAAUGCUAUUUAUUUUUACGAACUUUAUAUGAUUUUAAUUUUUAGUGAUUUAAUUAAUAUAAUAGAGUUAACCUUCGAUAUUCAAACCUUCGAUAAUUUGAAACUUUCGGCACUUAAUUUGAUGCAAAUACUUGAAAUAACUUGGUAAGGUUUUGCACACAUACGAAGGGACUUGCUUACAUAUUUCUGCACAAACGAUUAGCAUUGUCAAAAGUUCAAAUGUUCAAAGGAAUGGGGGCAUCAAAAUGGAUCUUGUAUUUCGGCCAAAGUAAUCCAGAAAUCAUAAACAAAAAUAAAACCUAUGUAUGAACAUUUUUUGUCGAAUUUUCCUCAAAAAUCUAUAUAAAUAUUUAUAUAUACCAGGGGAAAGCAAUUUCGUAUAUGCAUGGUAUCAAGGAAGUUCCUUUUGAUGGUUUAAACUUUCAAUUCCCCCUUGCCAACCAUUUGUAAGCUCGGAUUUCGUGUUUUCAUAGAAAACAGUUGGUUUUAAAUACUCUUACAGACUCAUAAGUAUAAGUAUUUUGGUUAAAAUGUACAUAUAUAAAUAGAUAGAAUUGUUAUCAAGAAUACAUACAAACAUGCAGACCGCGGGGUCAGGAGUUGCAAGUUCAAACCUUCUAAUCGCAAAUCCUCGACUCUAUUUUUCCUUUUUAGUUAUCUGUAAAAGUAGGUAUUUAAAAUCUGUUGUUUCCUGUGAAAAUAUUAAAUCUGAGCAAAUAGGCGAGAAGGAGGUUAUACGAAUAUAGAUGAAAUCAUCAAAAGGCACAUCAUUGAUAUUUACACCGUGCAUGUUUUAAAUUUUAUCUUUCUGGCAUCUGGCAUCCUUUAGUGGUCAUAUUGGGGAUGUACAAAAGUAAAAACCACCAAUCUGAUCACUUCAACCCGCCUAUAAACAAAUUCUAAUUCCCGAGUUAAAGCUCUUUCGAUAAAAAAAGAACCGUUAAAAGUGUUCAAAUGAACACCGGAAAAAAAAAUACAUACAUAUUAUACGUAUAACAGACAAUACUGCAAUGCAAUGUCACUAUUUUUAGGGAUAAUUCGACAAAAACAUGAACUAUUGUAGUGGGGAAUUGAAAAUUUGACUCUAAUAAUAACGGAUCCACACCAGUAAAGUAUUACUUUACUCACUGAAAAAAUGUUUCAAUAAAAAAAAAAAAAAACAAAAACAAAAACGAUUUGUAGUAAAACUAAUAGUUUCUUCGAUACACUCUACACUAAAACAUAUAAAUUUACAGGAUAGAAAGUGUGGGGAGUUAUCUCACGCGAAGUUUAUUUAAUUGUCCAUUUCCCCCCAGAAUAAAAUCAUAACUUUACGCCACUAGUCUAAUAACUAUACUAUUAUAAUAUACGACUAUACUGUCCCGCACGGCCAUGUCGGUGACAAAAUAAAUGCCCGCUACUAUUAUUACGUGACAACCAAAUUCAAUUAUUAAAACUCUUCAUUUAUGUAUUGUUAUGUAAUAUGUAUAACGGUUUUCCGUCACAUUAUUGCUUGAUUAAAUAAUAGAUAAUUUAGUUUCUUUUCAUUGUGUAACCAAGGUAACCCAUAAAUCAACAAGAAUAAUAAAUUCGAAUUUCGUACCGAGAACCCCGUGUCAGCUCCCUUUAGGGAUUGAAUUCGUGCGCAUAGCCUACGCAAUAUAUCACCCAGGAAUAGUGUAGUUUUCUACUAGUUCUACCAGCGAAAGAAUUUUCAGAAUCGGAUUAGUAGUCCCGGAGAUCACAUCUCAUACAUACACAAUGUACAACUUAUGUACCUAUAUAAUAUGUGUAUUGUAUACAGUUUACGUGACAUAUGCAUAUUGUAUAUAUUAUAUAUUAUUAUGUACAUCCCGAGACUGCGAAAUUGGAAUGCGCGGUGUGAACGUCACUGCGCCAACGUGCCACACAUUGCGGGACGUUAAUUUUCAACUCUUUUAAAAUAUAUAGUGCUUGAAGGAUUAUUAAUUUUUAGUUUUGGGGUUUUACAAUGUAAAAAAUGAAUAACCGAUUGGCGCCUGUAAUCACCGCGGCAACUGCGUAAUCUAUAAUAGAAAAUUGUUUUUUUUUUUUUUUGAAAAUCGGUCCAGUAAAUCCGGAGAAUAUCGCCCGCGUACAAAGCAUUGAUAUUUGAUUGUGAAUAUUGACAAUAUUGUUAACUAUAAUCAAUGAUACAAACUUACAAAUUUUACUUCUUUAUAAUGUUAUAAUGUAAUAGGUAUGGUAUGACAAUGAUAGAGUUUUAUCGAUUCAUAUUAUACCGCUUGAACUUUUAACCAUUUCACGGACAAUAAUCAUUCGAAACAUAUAUAUAAUAUAAUACCAUAUUGGGUACUUGAAUAAUAAUCGUCCGUGGCGCGGAAUUAUUUAUUAAUGCGAUGGUCGAAUUGCCCAGGUCGUUUUGUAUAAUGCAUAAUAAUAUACAAUAAUGAAUCACAAUGUGCCAAGGAUCGGAUCUCGUCGGCCGUACGAUACAAAUUACGGGAGUGUAAUAUUAUUAUAUUUUCACAUGGCUGGUGUAGGUACGUACCUACACGUGUGAUGUGUGGUGAAAAAGUCGUUAAGGUUCGCGAGUUGCAGUGUAAUGAUGGUGUGUGGCUUAUAAUAUAAUAACGAAAUCGGAAAUUCUAUUCCUAUAUAGAUGUAUACGAAAUAUAAUAAAUCCCAUCACGAAAUAAUAUAUCAUUUUGCUGUUACAGUAUGAUUAUGAUUUAUGAGACGGAUAAAAAUAAAACGAUGAUUUCGGUUGUUUUUGUAUUUUGUGUAUAGGUAUAUAAACCUAUUAUACCUCCUUUAUAUUGUAUUAUAAGGGAUAACGAUAACUUAUUAUUGUGUGUGUGUGUGUGUGUGUUUGUAUGUGUAUGUCAACCUCCAGUAGGUAAUUUGUUUAGAUUUUGAGCAUCGCGAGGAAUGUAUUGAUUUUAUUAUAAACGCGGUUUUUUCUCGGUCUGUGAACAAUUUUUCUAACCAGAAAUCUACAACGACUUCGGAAAAACUGGAUUAUUUAUACAAUAACGGUUUCUGGUGUAUUUUCGAUUUGGUUUUUUUGUUUCUUGUAAUUCGAUUGAAAGUCAUUGGAGGGAACGGAAAUUUUCAUCGAAUAUUAUUAUAAAUGUAUUAGCCCCUUCUGAGCGUGCUUCAAUUUUGAAGAUAUCUCGACGAUUUUUGAGUUAUUUUUUCCCCUAGUUUUAUUUGAUUUUAUAUGAAUAUAAUUUUUUGGGCUUUACUUCUCAAGAGCACUUGGCAAUUUUGUACAAAGUUCAUCUGGUUCAUUGUCGUAUAUACGAUAGGUAUUGUUCUUGUGGCAAUAUAAACAUAUCGAAAAUCCAGAGUUUCAAUUUUUUUUUUCAUUGCUGUUUAAAAGCAAAAUAUUGAAAAAAAUCGUAAAAAUUCCAGCAUUAUCCGAUUUAUUUAUUUUAACUUCGUAAAAAUGCUAAAAAAAUUCAAGACGAAAAAACACGAAUACAAUUAAUUAAUUUUGUAUAUUUGUAACUACAAAUUGAUACAAUUUUAAAUUUGAGUUUAUCGAAACACGUUUAAACGAACUUUGCUCAGAACAGUUUUUCACUUGCAACGUUUAAACCGUAGAUAUAUAAAUUGAAUUAUUCUAUAUUGUAUUAUACUUAUCCGAUUUGCCAACUACAACAGUGGCAUACCCAUCGUGUGAAAGAUGCCGCGUUUUAUUUUCGUUCUAUAUAAAUCUGAGUGUUGUAUAGGUAGGUACCUACGAGUUGUAAAUAUAAUAUUUUUAUAAUAUGUUCUUGUUAUAUACUUCAUAAUUUUAAACCAAUACAUCUAUGUGUACACUGAUGUUCAUACACUUAUAAUAUUUUGAAGUAGGUAUAUUUGAGUAUGUAUACUUGUAAUAUAAUAUCUGCGUACCUGUACCUUGUUAUGAAACAUAUUUUAUUACGAGUUUAUGACGUAUCAUUGGAAUGAUAAGAAUAUUAUUAUAUUAUACAUCCUUUGAUUAUAUUAUUACAUUGUCAUUAAGUUUGUAUAUCUCAGUGUGAAAUUUAAUUUGAAAUUGCAUAAUGAUUAAUUACAUUAGGUAUAAUAAUAUGUAUAAUGUAUGUGUAAUCUCACGAGACCGGUUUUCAAUGAUUUCUGAAUAAUGAUCUUUUCAAUAAUCUAAAUGGUUUCCAUUUCAAAUUUGUUAAACAAAUUAUAAGUAGAUAUUAUAGUGAUUACUGAUUUUAAUAUUGACUUUUGAUAUCGCUUUUUUUUUUUUGUUUCGAUUCAAUUUUCAAGAAAAUUUAGUACCUACAGUAUAGUUACAAUUGGAGGCAUUCAAAUUAGUGUUGGUAAUAAUUCUGAUUUGCCGAAGUUCGAUAAUCCGGAUUUUUCAAAAUAAGAUUUUGUGUAUCCACUAAAAAAUAAAUGAAAAAUGAUAAGUAGAAUUUGUAAUUUAUUUUAUACAGAAAAUAUUAUCAUUAGAGGAGAGACGGGUAACUGGAGAAAGUCCAAAAGUUAUGGGCAAAAUUUGGUCUAUCUGAUAGUGGAGCUUUUUUUAAGAGAGGAAAAGUGCACACUGCGAAUAAUCACUAAGUAGCAAUAUCCUACAAUAGUGUUAAUUUUUUGGCACAGAUUUAAACAUAUAGUCGGAUGCGUGGUUUGCAGAAGUUUUCAACCUAUAUCUAGAAUUCGAUCCUUCGGUAUUGUUUAGAAUGUUUUAUUUGGCAUAUUCCUCAUUAAAUCUUUCCAAAUCAAUAUUAAUAGAUUUUCUGACACAAUUUGUAUUUAUUUUUUCCCAACAAUAUUAUUUACGUAUAUUAUUUUGAACAUUAUAUUAUUAUUUUUUGUUUUAUUUUUUAUGUGCACAAGUAUAUAAACACUAUAAAGAGUUAUAGAGAACUAGGCGUAUUUACGCUCAAGGAUAAAAAUAGUAUACGUCCUAUAUGUUUUUCCCCUUCCCUUUAACCCGUUUCACAUAUAUUAUUCUUUUUAUAGUGUAUUACUAUUAUUUACUAUUUCUCUUCAAGUCUUCUAAGAUACUAAAUGACUAAAUUAAAGAAGUAUCUAUAUUAGUAAAUAUAUAUAACCAAAAAUACGCGAACAUACCUCUGAACAUCUGGGGAUAAAUCCCUCACUUAAUUCGGGCCCUGCGGCUGCUAAUCAUUUAUAUUAUUAAUUUAAACUGUUGUCUAUAUGAUAUGUAUUUUCACUGUUUUUCUUCUUCUUCACCUUCAUCCAAAUUACUUGAGGCCGGCCACCAUCGUUCUAUACUCCGGCCCACGAGAGAUCAAUAUCUUCACGCACAUGCAAAAUGACCGGCAGUGACGGUUUGGAGUUCCAUUUUAUGUUGUCGGUGGGCCGAUGAGUGGAGGAUGCGCAGAAUCGGACGAGUUUUGGUCGAAUAGCGGUAUUGAUCUCUCGUGGGCCGGAGUAUAAACUUCUACUUGAUCCGAUCUUCCAUGUCGCAUACACCUGUAGCUGUCCUCAUAUACAUCUCCAUUGCAUUCAGCUCAUUUCCUUUUACGUUUCUUUUCAUUACAAUUUUUAAUACUUCAGAUUCCUCUCUCCCCAUAAUACAUUUAAACCAUCUCAGUUUAUCUAUUAUCGAAGAAACGUCUAAGCUACCUCUUGUACGUAUUCAUCCCUUAUUCAAUCUUCUCUCGUCACUCCACUCAUGCAUCUAAGUAUUCUCAUUUUCACUACACUCAUUCUCUGUUUUGUUUUUUCAACAUAGUCAGUCUUUUAACUUAAAAUCUCAUUGGAAUUCUCCUAUCACAUAAAACACUUUACGCGCCUCUCCACUUUAUCAAACCAUAAUUAAUUUUAUGUUUCUCGUUCUCAUGAAAGCCAUUAAUCUUUUGUUCAAACAAUUCUAGGUACUUAAAACUUUCAACUUCACUUAUUACCGCUUAUUGUCGUUAGUCGUCUUUUCUUGUUUCUCCAAAUGCAUAUGUUGUUUUAAUUAUAUUUAUCUAUAGCCCCUUUCGUUCAAGUGCUACUCACCAUUCCAUAAACCUAUUUCAGGUAUUCCAGGUUUUCUCCAGACUAUCAAAGAUACAUCGUCUGCAAAAAUCACUCACCAUGGCACUUAAUCUAACCUGUUGCUCCCUCUCUUCCCGUACAUCCGAAAUAGGACAAUUGGCCAAAGUAUAGUUUAGUACUCCUCAUACUGUUUAACAGAAUUUUACACCGGCUGUCGACUUGAUGCAGUCUCAUUUGUCGUCUCUUAUAAUAGGUAUAUAGAUACCGCGGGAGUAUUCUGAUCCCCUACCACAGGAAGAAUGAUAUUGUCAGUUAUAAAAAAAAUGUCUUCGCCCUACAGAAGCAAUACUAUGUGCCUAUUGAAAUCACCCACCUGGACUUUCCACCGGUGGAACUCGGGGCCCCGUGUUUGCUAAACCCGUAGCAUCAUAUACCCCCCCCCCCCCCCGAGGUAGUGUAUUUUCACUGUUUUAAACGAUCAAUUAUGUACAUUUACUAAAACAUUCGUAUAUAUUAUGUAGGCACAUUUACCGCAGACAAGCCAUAAAGUAAACCAUUAUUAUCUAUCGUUACUCGUUAGCACGUUUAGCUCUUGUUUUUUUAUUGCGACAAUGAAAUACGAUAGCUAAACUAAUUACCUACUGCAGGCUUAAAAAGUUGUAUCUGUAUAGCUUCUUUUCACCAUUAUGUAGAAAUGUUAAAACGUAUUUUAUGAUUAAUAGUUAAAACACACAAUGUUAACAUGAUAUAAUAUAGCGUAUAUUAAUUAUAAUUAUUAUAUUAUUAUAUUUAUACAAUAUAUAAUAUAGGAAGACUUAAGCGAAAUAAUUAUAAUACGCAUAAUAUGUUUAACGUCGCGUCUGAUUUUAAUAAUGUUGAUGUUUGUUACCGAGUGUAUUGUGUUAAAAUAUACUGCGCGUUAGAAGGAAACGUGUUUUGUUUGGUUUCGGAACGAUUAUCUUAAGUGAAUUCCAAAGUUCAACGGUGUGUUCUUUUAUCGUUUUUUUUUUCCGAAUAACUGCCGUACCAUGACCAGUAUAGGAUAUUUCUCGUUAUAAUAUACUUACUGUUUGGUUAUAUUUUUUCCACACUUUGAGUCGUGUUCGUAAAUCACUUGUUGAAUAGGUAUAUAAUAAUAUUAUAUACUGUUUCAACAAACGCAAACCGAUUGAACGUCUUUUAUUUAAUAAUAAUGAAUAGGUAUCGGAUUUUGUACGGUCUCUCGUAUCCAGUGGGGAGCGUCAACGCCACCAGUUGAAGGAAAACGGCAUUGAUAAUAAUUUAUUGUUUUCGGGGUGGGGGUUUUCUUUUUGGGACACGUGAUAUUAUUUGUUGCAGGGCGGCGGCCUUUCGUUAGAUUUUGCGGACGGCCGUACAAAACGGUUAUCACGACCGAGUACACUUGCGUAUUGUUUUGCGGCCACAUCGUCCGAUGGAGAGAAACCGACCGCGCUCUACUGAUUUAGGAAUAAUAAUAUGAGUUCUUGUCGCUUUAGAAUUGUCUACCCGGUCGCGUGUCUGCAGGGGAAACAACGAAACCGAGACGUGUCGUUUACGGCGUAGCGGUCCGACCAGCCGUAAACGAAGCAAUAAGGAGGAAGCCUCCGUUUUUGCAGGGCGCGCGAAACGCGGUGACGUCUGACACGUAGGUCCCGACGACACGUCGGAUGGUUCAAUUGUUGUGCGAGCGUCUAGCGAAAUCGCAUUAUUUAUGGGUACCCGAUAAUAAUGAUAAUAAUAAUCUACUGCGUCGCGAGCAAACGGGUGUCCGCGUAUUACAUAGUGGUAUUAUAUCGGAAGAGAGCUCGGUGUGGGCCUGCGUGCGCGUGUCGGGCGGUAAAACGGUCUUUGGGCGGCGGCGCGAGGCCUCGUGACGACAGACGGUGAAGAGCGACGCUUGCGGGCCCCCGGCCGGCCCGACGGUCGUCGGCGGCGGCGUGCGCGCCGUACACACACCGAUCUGUUUCAUCGAUUCGCGCGCGCGAGGCAGCGGCGGCGGCGGCGGCCGAGGACGGUCGACGGCGACGGUGGCGGCGGUCGUAGUAGUAGUGGGGGGAUUUACCCCUCCACCGACCGACGACACCGCAGCGCUCGUCCCGUGUGUACGUGUGUGUGUGUAUGUGUGUGUGCGCGCGCGUUAUUCCGUCGGGUGGUGGUACCGACCGUUCGACUCGGCGGACGGGCACGCGGGGUACGGGUACGCGCACACACACACACACACACACACACACACACACAGUACGUACGGCGGCGUUCCUUUUCCCGUACGGCUCGUAUCCAAUCCAUUCUUCAGAUUGCGUUUGUGCCACUGGGCGUCCGUGUCGGUCCGCGCUAAACAUUUCUCAGUUUUCGUUACACUGUACGCACGUACGCACAUGAGCACGCGCCGCGAUAUUAUCGCCGAAAACGAUGAUCGAAAACCGCUUUCCGUGUUUUCGCGUCGCGGCAUUGCAAUAAAUUAAGCAUUGUUAUUAAUCUCGUUAAUAUUUUCGUUAAAUAAUAUUAAAAAAAAAAAUAUACAUAUAUAUAUUUAUUUCGUUGUUGAUUCGUAAUAUUGUUGAUCGUUUUUGUUUGUCCGUAUCCCGCCGCCGCCGCCGCCGCUGCCGCGUUAACAAUACGCGCAGUAUUUUUACCGAACCGCUCGCGUGCCCGCACCACAGUGUCUUCGCAGUCGUCGUUACCGUAACCGUUACAUAGUUUAUUAAAUUCGUUUCGUUUUGUUAUUCCUAUUCUCGCCGAGAGCCCGGACCGACACCGAGAAAACCAUCGGGACGCACGGCCACCGUGUGUAGCAUGUUAGGCCGCCAGUCGUACGCCCUUUUUCGUUUGUGAUAAACAAGGUUUUUUAGUACGGCCUCAAGCUGUGGACUGCAACGCCCUACCUGAUCCCCCAUCAGGGGCUAUACUAUCCAGUGAGUACAAUCAUGUUAUCGUUACGACAAGAUUAUUAUAAGUCAUGCACCGUGUAGACGUGUGUGUUCGCCGCGAUCGUUAUUAUUAUCGAUUGUAUUGUCCGCGGUGUUAACAAUAUUGUUAUCAUUGAGCCGGCGGGCAUACCCGUGCUGCGUUUUCGCGGAAUGUCGCCCGAGCGGUUCCGGGCCGUCCGAAGAAAACGUUUUUUUUUUCAUUUGGUGUCCGAAACAAUAAUAAAACGUACUGUCGUCGUCGCGUCGUUACGCCACAAACGGCAACGUUACCGACGGCGGCGUAGGCCUGGUUUUUUUAUUCUCUGUGAAAUCAUAUCCGAGACCUGUCGCCGAGCGCGCGUAUUAUAAUAUUUGACAGGUAUGUGCAUGGGCAGUGUGCGCACGCAAAACGGCAAACGGCGAAUAUUAUCGCGUUUGACGAUUAAUCGGAAAAUCUCGGGUUGUCGCAGACCCGAUAAAACCCAAAGGUCGGCAGGUAAAAACGUCGUCUCGGAGAUAGCGGGUCCAAAAUAAUAUGUGCUCGUUGCACAAUAAUUAUUGUAGACCGUACGUCCGUUCCCCCCGUGUCUGCCCCUCCGCCCUUUGCGUUAUCAUCGCCGUGCCGUCGUCGACUUUGGAACCCGUCGGCGGGCCCGGGCUUUCCUUUGCUCUUUUUACAUUGUCGGCCGAUAAAAUAAUAAGUAUUCCGUAGAUAAAAGAAAUAGCACAGGUACUCGUCGACUCGGCCAAAAAAGUGCGCCCGCCCGAAUUGCAUUGCGUAAAUCGUCGAUUAAUUUUCAUGAUUUUGUGUCACCGUGUCGUCUAUAUCGCGGUCGAAAUGUACUGCAGCUAGCACGGCGAGUGGAAAACGGUUUUGUUAAAACGCCGACCGGACCGUUUCGCACGUCUGUAACGGGUGGCGAAUACUUGUCUAUAUUUUGUUUCGACGGUUUCCUGCGGAAUUCGUAUUUCCGUCCGGUCGCGUGAAAAUCUCCCCGCGAAACAAAAUUAAUCCGAACGUCCUUUGUCCGCACUUUCCGGUGGCGGCCGUUGAGUUAUUUUUAACGACCCCUAUACUGGCGCGCCGCGCGCUCGACGUACAUGCACAGGACCCGAACGAACAGCAGCGCGGCCAAGUGGUCUAAAAAUCUAAUCGACUUUGCCCGGAGCUUUUUCCCCGCGGCGUCCCCCGCGGGUUCGGAGGGUCGUACGAUCUCGUGACUCGUUCGCGUAAUUUCGUCGUGCACGUAGCGCCGUAAUAAUGAUAUCCAAACCGAUAGUAAUGUUUACGUGUAAUAACGGUGUUAACGCCGCUCGGCGAAAAUGCCAACCAGAAACCGCGUAGUGGAAGUGAGUCGAGUAGGCGCGUAAAAACUCGAAUAAUGAUAUUAUCGUCGUUUGUGCGCGCCAUGUGCUACGAGUUAUAAUAAUAAUAUUUCUGUUCGCCUGUUGAUGGUCGGGCGCGUUUCUAACACGAGGAGAGAGAGAGUGAGAGAGACAGAGAGAGUAAAAGAAGAAAAAAGCCGUCCAUUAAACUAAUUAUUAUUAAACCGACGGCCUCCAUCGUGUGCGUGCGUGCGUGUGUGUGUGUGUGUAUGUGUGUGAGACGUCGCCACCUCUUCCCCUCCGCCGUCGUAUUUGCCGUCCGUUUUUAACGCAAUACGAUAACAAUAUCGGUACGAAAACACCCCGCCGAAUAAAUAAAUUGACGGUAAAAUAAUAAAAUCCAAAGGGUUCGUUGUCGUUUUUUAUUUUUUGUUUGUUCCGGUUUUUUUUUUUUUUUUACUGCGACCCGCUCGGUGCCCCAGCCCCCCUUCCCCCCGCCACCAACGCCGCCGGUCCGAUCGAUCGCGACGUCCGUUCGAUUCGAGUUCGUAUUAUUUGAACGGGCGUCCGGGGUGUGUAGGUAGGUAUGUGUACGUUUUUAUAUUAUUAAGUGCUCGGUCGUGUUAUCGGGCCUUUUUUCCCAACCACCUCACUUCCCCAAUGUGCACUUCCGCGGGCACCGAAUCGAAAAGUUUACGUACACCGCUCAUUGCGUAUCAACGAGGUUAGGUACCUAUCACCAAUGGAUUUUCCGUCCCACCCAAGGUCGUUUUUUUUCUGUAUUUUUUUAUGGAAAAAUAAACCGGCAAUUUUUUAUUUUUUCUCUACAAGUACACGUUCCGUACUGCCCCGGCAACACCACGGGAACCGGACGAGGAAAAUUCCCCGUAACAUACUUUUCCCGUUCAUUCUGAGCGACUGGGACGGUAUCUCCCGGUACUUUUUUGUUUUCCACGACGCUCAUCUGAUAUCACUCGAACUAAAAACGGGCACAAACGAUAUUAUAAUAUUUUAUAAUUUCUAAUCGAGUUUCAUUUGAUUGAAGAAAUUCCACGCACCACCGCAACUAUAAUAUUAUGUCGUACACCGCCAAGAUAAACCUUGGUCUAUCUUAUCUCACCUCCGAACGGACAUUUGGAAAUUCCAAUUCCAAUUCGUAUAGGAGUAUACGUAUGCACAAAUAUAUAGUAAAUAAGUACAAGAUAACGUAUAAUAAUAAUAUACCUGGUGAGUCUUUUAUCACGAACCGUCCGUCAUUUCAAAAACGUUAUUGAAUGCGUGUGCAUACUCGGUAAUUUUUUUAAAACCAUAGAAAUUACCGCUACGUGAAAUUAAUAAAAAAAAAAAAACGGGCAGAUUUUGUCCAGUUUCCGGCGAGAUUAUGUCCUAGAUCAGAGGUCGGGAACCUUUUCGUGUAAAUGAGCCGUUUUUAUUUUUUCAAACCAAUUGUAAAUAUGAUUUUCAAAGAGCUACAAUGGUUAAGAUAAAAAAAAAAAAGAAUACCGUAGUACAAAAAACGACUUAUGUAUUUUACCAAGCAUUUUCUUCGGCAAUUCGUAGGCGUUAAAAACAUAAAAGUACACGACGUCUUGAAUUUCGAUACAUUUUCCAAAGUCACCGAUUGCGCGUUAAGAAGCCGCAGGUUCCCGACCCCCGUCCUAGAUGGGAAAAUACCACUAAACAGCUAAUUAGCUAAACAACCACUAGUAACACUAUGCUCGGGAUCGUUUAUCGUUGCGUACACAUAUGAUCUCAAAUCGCUAUCUGUACGUUCUCCCCUCCGACUUGCGAAACGGCCUACAGUAUCGACCAGAUGGCGAGUCACUAACGGCAAUCCGCUACGGAAAUGUCUUUCGGCAAUCGUGGAAAUGUUUGGUGAUUUCGCGGGAAAUCUCGGUGGUCGUUGGGAAAAUCACGGUACUCCGGAAUCUGCAGGUGUACGCAAUAUUAAUAAUUGGACGAUUUACCGCCCGGUAUAGGCCUUAUCACUAACCCCACCCCCAGCCCGUAAAAUCGCGUAUAUGGUAAUGCGUAUAGGUAACCGCGGUAGGUUUUCAAAACGGUAAAAAUUUGACAGGUAUCCAUAGCGUACGAAUGUGUGAUCGCCCCGACUUUUGAUGGCGCCGUCCGUUCGAGGAGUGGCGGGGAGGGGAGGUUUUUUUUUAAAUUUUCGAUUCGUCGUCUCCAACAAUACCGUAGUACAUAAUAUCGUUAUCGACGACAAUGUCGGCUAUGACACGUUAGAAUGCCGCGUACAAUCGAAGGAUUAUCGGGCGUAAAGAGCGCCGCGAACAAUAUAAUAAAACCGACCGCCGCCGUCACGUGAUAAAAUAUGAGCGCGCCGUGACGAGAGGGGAUAGUGAUAUUAAAUUAUACGGAGAAAAAACUAGAGGAAAAAAAACCAACUUUUUUUCCGGUUCUUUUAUGCGUUCCGGGAACAGUCGGGUACACAUUAUAAUUUAAGUACCUAUUUUUUAUUUAUAAAAAAAAAAAACAUUCUAUUGAGGUACAAUACCCGCGAUAUUUUUCGCGAUAGACACGGCAACCUCUUACGGCAUCGACUGAUGAAUUACGUUCAAAUAUCACGCCUACUAUAUAUAAUGCGGAAUAAUAGGGAAGAAUGGGCUUGGUCAAUUUUCGGCAUAUUUUUUUUUUUUAUUAUUCAUAAUUUUAGGGGAGAUGGCGACAAAAUCUUGAAAAAAAAAACCUCGAACGACGAAAUCUUAAAUAGCAAACAUAUUUGAACUGCAAAAUCUUGAACCGGCUAAUUUUCAUCUUUUAGAAAAUGUUCUAAUAGACCGAAAAUUCAGAGACCGCACUGAGAUACGCGAGUUACUGUAUAAUAUAUUGCCCGGUUGCCAAAAAAACGUCCGAGCUUUUUGCAAGAGGAAAAAAAAUAUCUAUUUAUUAUUACAAUUUCCCGUGAACGUAAUCGCUUUCGGAAACUUGGCACGCGCGCGUCCACGGUAUCAUCCUGCACGCGCACGAUACGCAGUGCCGGCGACGAUUGUUUUGAGAGCAUAUUAAUUUGUUCCAUUGUAAUUAGCGGAUUUAUGCAGUAAGUACUCGCACUGUAUAAUGAAUCUCGGCGAAAUUCACUAAUAUUAUUCUAAUUCGAAUCCGGCCGUGUUCGUUGACCAUGGGAUAUGGACCACGGCCAAACACUAUUUCGAACACGUGUUCACUUCUAAGUACGUUCGAAAACCGUUUGAUUUCGUUACGCCGCCGCGCUCUUUUAAUAUUAUUAUUUUAAUGUACCCGUGCUUACCACUCAAUGCGAAAUCGCCGGUAACAAUGCUCGGGCAAUAAUCGCGGGAUAUUUCCGUGAAAAAUGCGAAUACGUACCCGUGGAUCAGUAAUAUGUAAUGCGGAGACGAAUACGGAUUCGAGCAGUGGGUGGGAAAUAUCGAUUGUUUCUGGCCUCGGAGUGUGUAACAACCAGAUCAGUCAGAUCGGGUGAGUCUGGUGACGGUGUAAUCGCUAAAUUCGACAAACCUACCAGUGUUUAACAUUGACAAUGAACGGUAAUCGUUUUUUCCAUUUAAUUUAAAUCUUUUUUUUUUUUUAUAAUUACAGAGGUGGGUGGUUCCCGCAUCCCUGGGGCCCCACAGAUCAGGCCUCUGGCGAUAAUCUGAAAAAUACAAACAUAUAGUACUCGUUGUUGUCGUGAUAAGAUCUAUGGGAUGGUAAGCAUCACUAUACGAGUAGAGUCAAAAUAGCCCAACAGAUAUUCGACAUUACGAGAGCCAACUCCGUUAAUGUUUCCACGUUAUACCCACGGCGGUUGUCGUAGGGUAAACUCUUAUUUUCUCUAAUUUUUCUCCGUACUUAACUGUUAUUACAUACUAGAGUUCAGGUGUUUCGAGGGCGCAUGCAAAGUAGACGUAUCGACAGCGAUGGAUGCGGGGGAGAAAUGUGGCGGACAAUGAGUACGUUUAUAACCUGCGUGCAAAAAGAGAAGCAACGGUACGGAGAAAAACGGUUUUUUUUUUCUGGCGAACAUUUAAUACUGACACCUACCCAGUUGUCAGCAAAAUGACGAGGGAAUUUCAGCCACAGCGACCCGUAGCAAUAUACCGACUUCGAAAAAAGUAAAAAAUCCACCACAUCCAAAAUAAAGCUCGCUGUUAGUGCCCUUAGCCGAAUUUUAAAAUCUAAAACAUUGAGUCAUUAAAAAAACACGCUGGGUGGAAGUCCAGGACGGUGGGAAAAAUAACCCGAUCGUAAAAGCAAAUAGAGAAAUAUUGUAUCUAGUACCUUGUCGAUUUUCUAACAACUAGCAAUGUAAUACUUUGGUCAAAUAAACGUGUUAAGGGGAUUGGAAGCGACGAGUUUCUGACUUUGUCUUACACACGUGAGAUAUAGGGAUUUAGACGUGUUUUAUUUCCAACGUACCGAUUGAUGUUGCGAAGCGAUAAGAAUUCUGAAAGCAGAUUUAAAAUUUUCGUCAGGUCUACUUGAGAUCGACUUUCUCAUUUUUUUUUAAUUUUGAUUUUCUUAAAAAAUCAAAUAUUCCAUUUUUUCAAUUACUCGUGUAUUAGUAUGGCUUAUUUUUUUAGAAUUUCAGGAGAUUAAUUUUUAAUAAAAAGAGAAAAAGUCGAUAUCAGCUAGGCUUUGCGACAAAUUCAAAUCUGUUUUCGGAAUUCUUAUCGCUUCACUAGGAUCAAUCGGGGCACGUUGGAAUCAAGACACGUCUAAAUCCCUAGAAUCUCGAGUGUAGAGAUUACGUCGGUAAACACGAUAACGAAAUUCGAUAAAGACAUUCGCUCGGGUAGACGGACAACCCGUUUGGACCUCGGUCUUCGCGUUGUAUUUUCGGACAUAUUUUUCGGUUGUUGUUCGUGUAUUGCAUUGUGUAUAAUUUAUUGUUGCGCGCGGCGCGAACGACUCGAUUAAAUUAAUAAUAUCGUAAUAAAAUUAACAGCCCGCGAACGCGGACGACAGAUAGAAAAAAAAAAAAAAAACACCGAUCAGACGAAAGUUUUUCGCCGUAACCGUUAAAGCGACGACUUAGCGCGCGCACACUCCGUAGUGAUUUUAUACGCGCCGGCCGUUUGUUUUUAUUUUAUUUUAACGCUCUGAAAAUUACCAGACCGUCGCCGACGCCGUCGGGUUGUGUUUUUAUUAUCGUGAAAUAACCGCCAGCAACAGCACGGCGAUGUUACUAUAGAGACACGAUUGUUGUUUCGUUUGUGUAUCGUAUUCCCGUCCGGGCGGCGGCGGCUGCCCGUCUGCGUUAUUUCGGUUGUAUAUAAUAUAAUAUACAUAUUUUUUUUUUCUUUUUUAUCUUUGUCGCGCCCGUGUGCGCUGCUGCUCCCGCCGCUGCGCACCGGAGGUCGUAUACCGUAUAUAAUAUCGUAGGAAACACAUGUCGGGGGGCCGCGCAUAAUUUAUUUAUCCUGUCUAGGCAGGCGCGGGGAUGAUGACGAGAGUGGGGCGGCAGGGGCGGCUCACACAUCUGUUCGGCGCCGUGUGUGUGUGUGUGUGUGUAUGUACGUGCACCGGCUGCGCGCGCUAUCCUACCUACAUAUUCGGUGCAGGGGGUAUAGGGGACGACGGCAGGGGGACGUGUGUGCGUAUACGGCACGUCGCGCGUCGCGGUAGUCGUCGUCGGCAGUGCCCCCGUGGCAGCGUCGCGGCGGUGGUGGCGGCGGCCGGGAGGCGGUGGGAAAAUGCCAUUAUAAACGCACUCGAAACAUUGAUUUUUCCUCUCCCCGCGAUGUCGAAUGAAUUGAAUUUACGGCGGCGGAGCUCACCACCCAUCUCCGACUCCACCGCCUCCUAUAUAAUAUAAGUGUACGUGUAUAUCAUGUACACACUGUACACACACACUUCCGAUGUGAUAUAGAUUCAUCAUCGUCGCGUUGACCCCCCGCCAACGUCGCGUUAUAUAUUUAGGUCGGUGGCGGAACCAAGUCUACGAGAUGUUGAUGAUCGUCUACGUCGUCGUGCAGUAUUGAUCGAACACGCAGAGGUGCCCUAUGUACGGGGAUAUCGAACCGCCGUCACAUCGCAUGACAAUAAACGUCCGCUCUCCCGGGUCUGUCCCGACAAUCCCAUCCGGCAGCCCAAAAUUAAUUUCCGAUGUCCAUUAUUGUUGUUACUCGUCAUUACGAAUUUCUAUCGGCGAUGUGUCUCAGUAAACAUCACGAACUGAAAUUCGUAAUUACUUUGGGUAAAUUCGUUUUUUGUUUGCGUAACGGCAAUCUGGUUUUUUUUUUCUCUUGUCGAAAAAAAUUUUUCUCACGUUUGUCGUGUUACGCGUUCUUUAUAUACCGACAACGUUUUUUCCCUUGUUUUUUCCACUAAUAUUGUUUUAAAAUGAGAUCGAAUUUCCCACGCUCGUUUUCUAUGCGAUUUUCAUUAUAUUUCACCUUAUCGGGGAAAUAAAAUAUCACAGGACUAUUGCGGUGUUGAAUAAAUAUUUGGACUCGGGUUUCUGAAGUCGGGUACUCGAAUAUUUACUGCGGAUAGACUCUGAUAUUGCAGUGUUACAUAAUUGUUAUAACUGCGAAAUGUCAAUUCGGUUAUGAGAAAUCAAUAAGACAUUAAUGUCGUUUUCAUAUCAAUAUUAAAGACAAAAUAAUAACGAUCUAUUUUUGUAAAGUCAAACAAUCAACAUGGUAUUUCCAUUGAAAAUAUUUGGCUUUCAAAAUAUUUCCGAAAAAUUAUUUACAUCUAGCUUUUUACGUUUUUUUUUUUUUUUUUUUUUUUUUUUCUAAAUUAAACAGUAGAGUAUUCGUAUUUACGAGUAAAAAAAAGACGAAAAUACAUUGCACGAUGGGUUGGCCACUGUUGUAGGUGAGAAGUUGGGAAGAAUAUAUAGAGAGGAAUUUCAUGUUUAUCUGUAUAUCAUUACUAAUGAAAAACGAUUCUGAUUUUCGUCAAAAUUUGAUAUCAAAAUUCUUAUGACAAAAAUUCUACAUUACACUUAAUUUGUUUUGUUUUAACGCAAAUUAAGACUUAUUAUGAACCUCGUAUUUAAUUUUCAUACACUUUUGUUUGCUCUAACAAUUUAUUUCACAGAGUACUUAUCGAAAAAAACAUAACGUAAAAAAUUUACAAAAUUUCAAUGUCUGUAAAAAGCUCAAAAAAGGCUAAAACAUUUUGAAAAUUUAACCAUGAAAAGGCAACUCUAAGUUUUCUAUCUAAAUUUCAAGUCUCUAUGAAUAUUUUUAACUGACUCUUACUAAAAAAAAAAAAAAAAAAAAACAAAAAUUUUAAAUCAUAUAUUUCGUUAAGUUUACCUUUUUUUCCCAAUCAUAAUGAAAACUCUUAUGGGAAAUCAAAAAAUCACCUCCCUUAAGUACCACCCAGAUAAAAUUUCCUUUCAGAAAAGGUACUACAAGGUAACUCAGAAAUCAUCAAAAAUUACCAAUUUUUCCACAAACUAUAAAGUUUUCAGUUCGAUCAACAAUCUAAAAUCCAACGAGUCGAAAUCUACUCGAAAGUUUUUCCACACUCUCUUAUUCACUCGUCCAACUCCGGAUAGGGACAUACCGGCAUAAUAUACCGACGUAAUAAUAUCGCGUUCUCUCUCCGUGUCGUCGUCGGACGUGACAAUAUCGUCUCGAUCGGUGAUUUUCUUUACAAUAAUGGCGUUUUCGUUAAAAUAAAAAAAUAAAACCCAUUUGUGUAUACUCGUAUUAUGUAUCGUAUCGGGUCGUAACAAUAACAAUACGACUUCCGACCCCGUUUCCUCCUCGUGUCGCACGGCGGUGAUACGAAGGACAUUGUGAUUCGUCGAGCGGAAUGUUUUGGUACCUAUUGCAAUGCGCUAUAGACUUUGGUAUCGACAAAGCGACUGUCGUGUUUUGUUUAAUAAAAAAAAAAAAAAAAUAAUAAUAAUAAUAAAUAGACCCGACAGACUGCCGCCCGUAUACGCACCACAUACCGUACCUACAUAUGAAUGUAUACGACGAGGAGUGACGUUUUUUUUUUUUUUGCGUUUUCUCUCCGUUUUCCUGAAAACGCCGUUCCCCGCGUAGUCGUCCCGCAUGCGUUCGGAAAACCGAAAUAGAACAAAAAAACGCCAAUCACAAAAACGCUCGGCCCCGUUUUUUCUUCUUUUUUCUCUUUCUCUUUCUGUCAGUCGAACCGCGGUGGCGGCGCCCACAUCCUGGCGCAAUCACUGCGACGACGACGGAAUCCUCGCGGGUGGCUAACCGCGCCCGGUGUACACCGCCGCGCGCACUGCACCGGGCCGCUGCCGGUGUCCGCGAUAAGAUAACGCAAUAAUAAUAAUAAUAAUAAUAAUAAUACUAACAAUAAUAGUGUAAUAGUAACACAGAUAGUAGGUAGUAGGUAACAACCGCGCGUGUCGAUAAAUAAUAAUAAUAAUGCGCGUGUGUGUGUACUCGCGGGCAAGGUAAUCGGAUCGCCCCGCAGCAGCGCGUUGGGUGGACAGCGGACACCACCUGACGACGAUGCGUACCUAUAAACCUAUACGAGCCGUGGCACCGAUUCAAAAACGCCGGUUGUUGUUUUUCUUUUUCCCCGUACGCCGUUCGUUAUUGUUAUGAUUAUUAUUAGUAUAGUAGUAUAGUAAGUACGGUACAUAACGUGUACAAACGCUUGGCACAUAUUUUUCUAGGCGUACACCGGCACCCGUGCAAGGUUAACGUCGUCGGUCGUCGUUGCAAAACCCAACCUUCGUCGUCGAAUAUUACGAAUAUUAUUAUUAUAUUAUUGUUACGUUAACGUUAUUAUUAUUGUGAAUUCCGCUUGCGGUUUUGGUGUGUACGACCACGGCCACGAGGGAUCGGACUUCCGCGGCGGCGCACGCGCCCGUCCAGUUCAAUUACGUCGUUACAAGUCGGUGCUCGCCGUCAGCUACCGCCCGGCAUAAUGUGCCCACGUUCGUGGUAUUUAAUCACAAUCGUGUCUUGAAAUUACCGUUGUUACGGGUAACCCGAGCGAAUUUCCCCUAAUUACUUAACAAUAAUCGGCGCACGGCGAUUUCGCGCGUACCGGCACAGAAAUCGAUUCGCACCAAACGAUAGGGAACCGUCGAUGGCGAAACGGAACGAGAUCGCUGGAAAGCGAUCGGGGGCUUUUUUUUUCCAAGAUUAUUAAGUGGUGGGCGAGCGUUCACAAUAUUGAAAACAACCGAACAGAUGUUUAGAUAUCCACGCUAUAAUUUUGUAAAAAAAAAAUUCCGCGAACAAACCGGGUAACAGAUUGGGCGGACCUAGAAUCUCGAGUAGAAAUCGAGUCGGUUAUCACGGGCUCGUUUCUGCGUUAAUUUAUGUUCGUUUUGCCACUUCCGUCGACCGUAUAAUUAUUAUAGUAUCGAGAUGUACCUAUCUAUAUACCGAGAUAGGUCGGGCAAAAAAACUAUUUUUCAAUGUAAAUUCGAGAUGCUCAACCGGAUUGAAAAUAACAGUUGCGUAAUCGUACUCCACGGAUUCAUAAAUUGUCCCCCCGAGGAUUCAAGGGGAUCGGACACGGAAAUUUUCUUUCUUUGCCUCUAGUGUACUAUUUCUAUAUGAUGUAGCGUACAAAAAAUACGGGCAAUUUUCAAAGAGAUUUUUCGCGUUCAAAUGGACCCGGUAAAAUGCAUUGGACACGCAGUAGAUGUUCACGGGCUGUAGGUCAAAUUAUGUCCAUAGACGUAAACAGAGGAUUAAGAGGACUUGGUCCCUCGAAACUCUCAUGUCUCCCCAAUCAAGUAAAUACUACGUAUACAUAAUCCGUAUUACGGGGUCUUAAAUCCCCCACGCCCCGAAACAUUCGGGCUAUUUGCGCUUAUAUCGCAACAAACGUUUUAUCUUGUUAAAGAUCAAACCGCGUAAACGAAUUAUGUAUUUUAUAACGUAACUGUUUACUCGAAUAUUUCUGUACGCCAUUUCGCUUCCGAAAACAUUGUGUAAGUGAUAAAAUUUUGAAACCACGUUUUGCCCGAAACUGAUAUACGACAUAUACUGUCGUCGUCAGCAGAUGAUUUCUAUCUUGACGGUUAUUGCUGCAGGUACGUUCUAUGGGUUUUACUUUUUACAUUCUGGAAAAUAAACACGCACCUAUUCGCAGCAUCUCCGCGCGUAUUAUUUUAUUAUCGUCGUAGCUGGCGUGCAUAUCUUAUUAUGAGUACGUUAUGCACGAUUCGUCCUCCCAAUCCGUCCUUUUCCAAGGUUUAUUAUUAUUAUUUUUUUUAUUAGCCCGACACGACGAAUACGAUAAUAAUAAUAGUAACAAUAUUAUUAUUAUAAUACUAUUACGUUGUGUAGCUGCUUGUUAGUUUUAGUUUUUUUUUUUUCUUUGGCGAAUUACCGUUUCACGAACGAACGCGCGCGUACAAUAUGGAGUGUAUAUAGUACGUCGGUGAGGGGAAACGCACGUGCUGUCUGUCGUAUUGUCGUUUUGUAUAAUGUAAAAUGCCACCUACCUGUUGUCGGUGGUAACACGAGAAACCAACAAAAAUUUGUGCGCGUCGAACUGAUUGCUGCGAAUAUAACGGCGUGUGUGUCGCCCCGGCAGUUUUUAUAAUAAUGUCCCGACAAAGAAAAUCGAGUGUGUAUAAUACCGAAAUCGUAAAAGUUUUAUCGUUUUUUAUUAUCGCCAGUCCAAUUGCGUUUACGUUUUAUUCUCAUCGUGUUUAUUUUACGGUGCCCGAGUACUCGUACGUAUACGACUUACGUAUAAUAAUGUGUCGUCACACGCACGAUUUGCUUUGAACGGAAUAUCAGUGACGUUGCGCCUUUUUUGUCGGGUUUCACUUUUAAAUUUUGUUUUUCCUCGUCACUACCUACUGCUAUAAUAAACUAUCACUACUACUGUACCUACGCAUAUCGUAAUACCCAUAUUUCUAUAAAUAUAUUUUUAUUUUUUUCACACUCGUUUACGAACGCUUUAUUACUGGUUAUUAGCCUGCGUAUAUAUUACGAUGUGUAUCAUACGCGAAUACCGUUAACGGAGGAGAGAUUUAUCGGAUAAUCGAUACGGUUUUUUUUUUCACCCACUCAAAAUAUCGAGAGAUGGUCUAAAUCAAAAUAUUUAUACUGGGCCUUAUUAUUAUUAUAGGCUAUAGUGAUGUACCUGGCUGUGUUUAGUUAAAUGUUCUGCAUCACACUGCAGCGAUCAACUGCGGUAUCCGGUGUUUAAUAAUGUGUUUACCGUAUAAGUUAAACAUUAUAUCGGCAAAUGCGUUUUUAUUUCAUUGCAUAUUAUCUUCGUAUAUACGCUCGGUAAUUCAUUCUUUAACAUUUUUAAGUAUGACAUCGUCACUUUUUUUCGCCAUUUUGGACUAUCCUUCCCGUCGUGUAAGCGCACGAUAACAGCCAUUACCCUUGGUUUAAUAUUAUAUAAAAAAAAAUUAAAAAUACAGCGACGAUGAGACUGCGACUAAUCCGCAAGGUCUAAUGACGUCAGCAAGAUCUGAUCUCCCACCAUCCCUUUAUCGAUAAAUGUCAGCACAUGGCAGACCCUCUUGCCCCCCCCCACGUAUUGGUGCUUAUAUUACGCGUAAUACACUCGAACGCCCCAUCUCAUAAUCUUUACUCAAAUUAGAAAAUUUAAACAACUUUGUUCAUGAUAGGCACAAAUUUAAUUAAAGUGUUCUAGAAUAUGUGCUUUACUCAACAAAAAAAUAUCUCAAAAGUAUCUCGAAAAUGUUCACUUGGAAUUUUUAUAAAAAAUAUUUCAUUGAAAUAAUAUCUAAUAUUAAUAUCUCCGUCUUUCCAUUUACUAAUUACUUAUCUGACGUACCUGCAGUUAUUAAUUUUUUGAUAAUUAAGAAUUAAGUUGUAUUUCAAUUAUUACAUUUUCGAGUGGUUUUGUACUAAUUUGAUAUACUUAGUUGCGGUUUUUCUGGUUCGUUGUUCAUCGAUUCAAAGUCAAUUUUAAAAUUAUUAAUAUUUUAUUAGUAAAUAAAGUUAUAAUAAUAUACGAUAUUCAGUUGACAGUUUCGAUAGAUAUAGUCAUUAUAUUAUUAUAUUUAUAUGAAAAAAUAAAAAUCAAAAUAAUCGAAUACCAUUUAACUAUUAUAUAAUAUACGUACAGUUAUUUUUAGUAAAUUAUAUUAUAUAUUAUAAUAUUAUCAUCAUUAUUUUUAAUUGUUUUUGAUUAUUACUGUUUGUAAUAUAAAACGACACGUUUAGGCACUUAAAUACAUUAUUAACUACAUAUUAUAUUUUAUUUUGACAGAAUUUCGUGGAAUUUAAAUUGUUAUCAAUAACAUAUUGUAUCCAACCUUUGAUAUUUCGUCUCGUUCGGUAAAUAUUUACCUUUAUCGCCGCCGCCGUUUGAACAAUAAAUCAUCAGAGACCAAUGUAAAUUGAAUAAAUUAAUGAAAAAUAAUAAAAAAAAAAAAUUAAUAAAUAAAAUAUAAAUUAGCCUUUCUAAAUUAAAUUAAAGAUUAUUGGCUCGAAAUUUAAAUGCGGAAUGACAACCAUCUAUGUACGAAUUAUUUUUAAAACUCUUAGGCCUCGUUAAGACAUUUUUUAACUCGCAUAAUUUGGCAAGUAUAUUCAUUUCGUUUAUGAUGAGUAUCGAGUGUAUAAAUACAUUUAUUGCGACAAUACGUCGCCGCCGUACUCGUUAAUUUCAAUGAAUGUUUUAUUUUGAAUGAAUCUAUAGUGACUGCAUUAAUUACUAUAGUUACUUGAUAUUAUUAUUGUUUUUUUUUUUGUUUUUUUCUAUUGAAAUCUGGUUGUUUCGUUUUUUGAUCGUGUCGUACGAAUAUUAAUCGACAACCGAAACAGAAUUUAUUUGUUUUACGACAAACCUAUUUUUGCCUGUCAUUGUGUAUCAUAAUAAUAUAAUACCUAAUAAUACCUACUCGUGAUGUGUAAUCGUUUAAUCCGUUUAUAUUCACGUGAAAGACUGAAUGUUUUUUUUUUCUUAAACUUUAUAUUACCAAAUGAAACCGAAGAGAAAAAAUAACACCGUGUAAGUCGAAAUAAAUAUUACCCAAUUCGGGUACUUUCAUUGUUUUUGGAAUUGAGGGUUAGAUUUCAAUGAGAAAAUUCAUUUUUUCUUGAAGAGCGGGGUAGAUCUUAGCCAAUGCUUUCUAAGUACGUAUUUCGAUUCAUGAAACAGAUACUUCAAAAUUGACAUUUUUAUUUAUCAUUCUAUUCUCCACUGUUUUUCCAUACUUUUUUUUUUUAAAAAAAAAAUGUUCAGUCAUUGCAUUAGUUUUAAAUGUCUAUAUUAAAUAAUUUGAAUUAAGAUGAUUCAAAAUAUUAUCUCAAGAAAUUUUGCUUUAAUUAGUUUUAGACCGCGGACAUACUUCAGAGAGAUGAGCUUCAAAGUAGUUGCCGUGGCUUCUGGAAUUUUAAUUUUAAACUUCAACCUUUGUUCUCAUUUUUGUUUUCUUACUUAUUUAAUGCUAUAAAAACUAUAACUUUUUAAAGCAUGUUCAUACAUUGUUACGUUUAUUUAUUUUGCUACGAGUAUGAAAAAUGGUAUUAAAUAUAGAGAAAUGAAAUUAACAAACAUUUUUUAAUAUAUAUUAUUUUUUUACUACGGUACACUGGACAAAACUAUCCCGGAAAAGUUGCUAAUAUUUAACCAUUUUGAUUUUUACCACUCAGUGAAUAGCGGCAAACCCUUAUCACAAUUAUAUAUAAAAUAACACGUACUGACUGACUAAUUCAUCAUCGCCUAGCCCAAACUACUGGACGGAACGGGCUGAAAUUUUGCAUACAGAUAGCUAUUAUGGCGUAAGCAUCCGCUAAGAAACGACUUUUGAAAAUUCUACCCAUAAGAGGGUAAAAUAUGGGUUUUUAGGUAUUUUAGGUAAAAUAUGAGUUUAUAAGUCUAAUUUGUUCAUUUAUUUAUUUUUGCUAAUCCACGGAUUACCUGGGUAACAUGGAUAACAAUUUAGUUGUUAUGGACAAGAAAACUAUUAUUUACACUAUUAUCUAACGAUAGCAAAGCAUUGCCGGGUCAGCUAUAGUAUUAUAAUAAAACACUUGUGUUUUGUUUCAUUUCAAGUAAAAAUAAUAAUAAUUUGUGUAAAAAUAGAUAAAGGAUAAAUUUAUUGUUUAAUAGGUAACGGGUAAUAAUUACUCGUUAUUUUAUUUUCAUAUCCCAGAGUAAUAAAUAGCCAUUGUGCUGGUGUUAUUGGUAACGAAGCUGUAUUUGUCUUCUUGAUCCGUUUACAUAUUUUUAAUAGAAUCAAAUCAUAUGCACUUGUACACUUAUAAAAUUCGUGUAUAUUUUGCCGGAUGCUCUUUAAGAUGUGCAAAUAGGCGGUGUAAUUCUGUGUUGAUAGGGCGAUCACUAUAACUUCUUUCAUUUCUAUUUUUCAAGAAUUGUAAAUAGAAAUUAGUAUUUAAAAGAAAAUAUUUAUCGUACGAUGGUUGGAAUACGCGUGCCAAUAUAUUAUAUUAUACCAUUGAUAUUUUGAAUUUGCUAUAUUUAUAGGCAUAAUCGUAGCGCCUGUGGACAUAAUCAUCCCCUUCAUAGGAUGACUAGUUACUAGUUUAAGGAACUGAAACAGUUCUAACUUAGAUACUACCUUAAGUUAAUUCUAAUUCAUAGCAAUCAUCAAUAUCUGUAUUGCUAUAGUUUACUGUACUUAUGUAUAUAUAUAUGUCUAUAUGUCUAUCGGGCGUUAAUUACUUAAAAUAAAUAAAUACGAUAAAUUUCUACUAUAACUUUUAGCUGUUAUUGUCAGGGUUUGGGACUAGAUCGUAUUUGCUUAUUUUUUUGACAUUAAAUUGAACAGAGUGCUAAGAGAAUUCAUGUCUAUCACGGGUUGAAAUGUAUACAAUCAAAAAAUGACGAAAGAGCUUUUUUAUAUAGCAUUUCGGAUCAUUGCAGUUGGUACAAUAGAAAAGUCGUUUUUUUUAUUUUCCACAGUAGUUUUCAUAAUAAUUAGGGGAAAAAACAUAGGAAAACAGGAAAGUUUACGGCAAAAGCGGUUUCAUUAUUUUCGAUUUUGUUUGCUUUGUUUGUAAUUUGUUUAGAAAUAAUCGUAAAGACCUGACAUUUUCACAAAAUACUAAUAAUGAUAUUUUCUAACGGUGGUAAAAUGUUCAAAGCGUCCUGAUUUUUUUUAGUUGCGUUUAUGAGGCGUUUGACAUUUUCGAGUUUUUUUUCUAUUUUGUUUUAUGUGGAUGUAAUAAUUGUUUUGGUCGAGUUAAAAAUUGUUUGAAAAUUAUACUCGACGAUCAUCAUUAUCAGUUGUAUUCGAUAGUUAAAAUAAAAUAAAAAACCAAUAUUAUGAAGUCAACAGUAUAAUAUUAUGGUUAUUUUAUUAUACCACUGAACGGGUGGAUAGCUGACGGGGAAGGGAGAAUGGAAACUAUAAAAUGCAACAGCGAAUCGGCCGGCUGCUGUGCGACGGUGUAAUAAUGUAGAAACGCAAAACUACUUAACGGAUAAUUGUCUCGUUUGAAGCGGAGGCCAUAGAGAAGAACAAUAAAUUCGGUCUAAAUUUAGUGCGACCGUAAUAAAUCCCCGAGUGUAGGACGUGAGCCCGUUUUCCGGCGUUUAUAAUCUCGCAAUAAUAUAAAACACACACGAUCCGUACAUUUAUUUUUUUCUAUUUUUUAUUUAUCGCGUUUGUUCGAAUUAAUCGGCCCGACGACGGUGACAUCGUGCUCGCCCCGACAAUAGUAAUAAACAUCAAUUUAACUCAAUUUCUAAUACACACAGUCACAAUAGUACCAUAAAUAUUAUACAGAACUCGUCCUCCGUGCGCGUACGUUUUUUUUUCGUUCCCCCCGUAUAGGAUGUAGCCACUUGUCUCGUCAGCGUAUUAAUAAUAAUACGAAAAAAAAAUAAAUAAAAUUCGUAUAAGCCCGUAGUUCUAUUAAUUUAUUUAUUAUUUUUUUUUCACACGUAUAUAUACAUAUGCGUAUUUUUUUAAUAUCAUUGAAGAGUGUCGUCACGCGGCGGCGGCAUAUACAACAAUGGUCAUGACUCCCUACCUCCUCCCUAUACACUUCCUCCUCCCGCAUAGACGUGUCCUCCAAAUUGGCCUCCGGUGCACGCGCACAAUGCACAUCCUCAUUAGGCCGGAGUGGGUUCCCGUGAAUAACCUCCUCGUUGUUGCGCGAUGGUUUUUUUUCCCUCCGUUGCAAGUUGAUGCGUUGUUGUUGUUACACACUACUAUUAUUAUAGGAACGAGUAUAUAGCAGAGUGGAUAUUUUAUAGGACAGACCUGACGAUUCCUUCGGGUCGGUACAUGAAUAUUUUACGUACGAGCUAAAACACGACGUACUCUAUUGUGCUUACUGUUAUUUGCUGCUGAAAAACUAUGAGUAUACUUGUACGUAUAUAAUAUAUUUUUAUUUAUACGAAAACCCUCCCCGUCCCCACGCCGCCGCGUUCCGGUAAAAACGUUGGGGAAACAAUUGAGGUUUUUUUUUAUUUUUUCAAAUCGGCAUUGUUGCGCAAAAUAUAAUAAUAUAUGUAAAUACCGACGCGCGUCUUCACGAAGAAGAACCUCUAUCGUCGGGUCGCGUUCGGUCACGAAUCUUUUACCGCUUUCACGUACGACUGUGUAAUACGUUUAUAAUAUACGAGACCCGUAUACAAAACGGCGAAUACCUGACCCGUUCGCGUUAAAAAAAAAAAAUAUUCGACAUUAUGUAACUGUUCGGAGAAACUUUGACGUCCAUACUGUAUACGAACUAAUACACAAUACGACUACCGGUCUAGUCAGUCCUGUGCGAUGCCUGCUGCUGCUGAUGAUGAUGAUGAUGCUGCGUCGUCGCGCGCGGUUCGCGUUUUGUUUUCCCUCGUCCGAGGUUCCAACGCGUUUUCAUCGAAAAAUAAUAAAAAAAAAAAAAAUACGCCCGCCAUUAGUAUGCCGGAAUCGUCGUGUUGUAUGUUACUGCGUGCGUCGGAACUGGUCGACGGACAUAAAAAUAUAAUAACAUCCUUUUCUCGCUCGUCUGUACGGUCUGCGAUACCGUGUACUGGUCGGUCCGUUAAUUUAUUCCUAGACGCGCGCGCGUUCCCUGUCGUUGAGAGCUGCGCGGCUCUUUUCGCGCGCGCACUCGAAUAAAAAAUUUAAUACAAAACAAAAUUAUUGUCAUUAUCGGCCACACGGCGACACGAGCAACUCGGAUGUCGGAGGGGAAAAAAACUAUACGUUUGGAUCCACGAUACUAUACGAUAUGAUGAAAUACGCAUAGCCGACAAUAAUUGUGUGUUUUGAUUAUUUAUCGUUGAGCCCGUUUAUUUUAUAACAUUACACCUACCAUUUAUCGGUAUACCCAAUACCUGAUGUGUAUGGUGUUUGAAAUGCCGAGCGUGUGUGAGAACCGAGAAGACGUCGGAAAAAGUCGGAUGAGCGAUAUUAAAAGGAUUCGUUCCGAGGAAAAAGAUAAUAUAAAUAAAUAACAAUAAUAUUAUCGAGUGAUUGGCGAUAAGACGACGCCAUCCCGAUAAACGUUACGAGACGCGUCCUGUACGUUGCUACGUAUUAGAUAGCCCGCGGAGGAUCCAACGGACAAAGCGCAUUUUUGUUUUCACCCGCUCUACACGAGCGUUUCUCAAACUGUGGGCCGCAACCCACUGGUGAGUUGCGAGUCAAUUUUCGGUGGGUCGCGAAAAUUGUUUUGAAUUAUAUAGAUUCCGAGAUAUGUAUGUUUUUGGAUUCUAAGCGGAGCAUUGGAGGAAUGCAUUGGUUUUAUAAUGUUUUUUUUUUUUUCAUUUAUAAAAAAUAACUAUUCUACCAACAAUUUUGCUCCUAUUUUCAAGUUUAGCACUUUUUCUGAAUGCAAAUCUGACUGGGGUGGUACUUUUUGAAAAGUGAAACCACGUGGGUCGCGAUAGAUUUUCGGGAGAAAAUUCGGGUCGCAAUCCUAAUAAGAUUGAGAACCACUGCCCUAUACUCUUUAGGAUCGUUCCAAAGUACACGCGGAGGUCACUUUGAAAGUGAUAUUUUUCGCCGUUCUGUCGACUUUUUUUUUUUCUGUUUUUCUUCUUUCUAUAGUUUAGUCCGGCUCGUAAUUAACACGGUUGUUGCCACAUCACGCGGUCACCGCGGCGACACGGUCGAUGCCGCCUGGAGGCUCUCUGCACGUAGGUACGCAUCACGGCGACGACCCGAAACUAAACACGACGGAUAUAUUAUACCUACCAACGCGGUCGCUCGUACGUUUAGAGAGAAAAAAAAAAAUAAUAAUGUUCGUUGUACCUACUGCUGCGAACGUCCGUAUCAGAUAUUUCGUAUACCUAUAUAUCAUAUUAUAAUAUACGACGUGAUGCGCGAACAAUGAUGUCAUAAUAAUAAUAAUAAUACGUUAUACGCUUCGAGAGUCCGCGCAUAUAGUAACCCGAUGUAUAUGGGAGGUGUACGUAUUUCUAUUUUCGGUACACCGACGACGAAGAUGAGCUGUUAUGAGCUUGAAAAUCGAAUAUAGAGCGGCCGCGUUUCGGUGUCGGUCAUAAUAUUAUGAAUACUAUAUACCGCGCCAUAUUAUAAUAUACUUAUUACGGUAAAACGUCCGACUUCGAACUAUGUUUAAACGGUUAUAAUAAUAAUUAGGUGUAUAUCAAUUAAAAAUGUAUUAAAACAAAAGUAGGUAUAGGCACCCGUUGCGUUACGCGCAAUUUAUUUCGUUUUAAUAAUUGCAGUAUCCGCGUGUAUCCUGAAGGUGACCCCGCGACAGCGUGUUCAACGAUAGAGCGCGGCUAGCGUUCGUCCGACGUCGACGCGCGGAACGACAUCUAAAAUAAUAAUAUAAAUUGACCACUCUAGUCGAGGCGUGGAAGUCUCAUUUUCUUUUCCGUGGCCGCGAAUUUCUUUUCGCGUUUUCUAAAAUCUCUAAACCGUGUAACGACCCUGCCACAUCUAUAGAUUUGGCCGGUAUCUACCCGCUCGAUUUUCCGAUAACAAACUAUCGCGUAGUUAGACGUCGCGUCCUGUUGACGGAGCCCCGGUGCUAACCGCGAGCUAUCCGAAGAGGACCUUUGAGGUUUCUCACACUCCUCCGGAAAAUAAAUUAAAAACAGACUUUCCAUAAUAAUAUAGUAGUAUUUUAUUGUUUAAAAUAGUAAAACUGAAAUAUCUAUAGUAUAAAUUUGUGAUGAUGGUUCUUAUUCAAUAAACACGAGUAAUAGGUUAAGUUCAUGUCUGUAUAUCAUAUCGGUAUGAAUUUUUGACUUAUUAAUAGAAAGCUUUUAAAAAGUACGUUUAAUCUAUGGUCAACAGAUACAUAACAUCUUAUUGAUCUUUAAAAGAUAAAUCAAAUUCAAUCAUUAUAUUACAUUUAAUAAAAAUAAAUAAAUAUAUAACACUGUUAUGGUUGAGAAGAGAGGAUUUAGUAAUUCAGUUAAUAUAUUGUAUGCGAUGAUAAAUCAUUACGGACCAAACAACGAUUCUGAGCGGAGUAGUAUGAUUCGUGUUUUUCUCCUUGUUGCGAAGACAACCCAGAAAUCAGAAGAAAACAAACUAAGAUGUUAACUCUUGAUAGUUUCGAUAAAUAUUUCAAUUCAAUUUGUAUUGUUUCAUUGUGUAGCGGUAAUCGGACGGCUAUGACUCCAAAUAAUGUAAUUACACGUAAAUUCCUAUGAAUUCAUCUGUUAUAGAACAUUUUAUGCCUAGGACAGGUAUAUAUUAGGUUUUUAAAACGAGACGUUUCGAUCUCUCCAUUCUGUAUUAUUAUAAUAUUCGUAUAAAAAUGAACGUUUAGGUAGGUACCUAUAUUAAUGAGUUUUGAAUGUUACAUUGGUGAUUAAACGUACCCACUGAGUCGGAAUUAUCGCGUUUUGUAAUAUAACAUGAUGUAUGGAUGUAAAAUAUUGGCGAUUUUUCUACGGGGUCCGAACCGUAAUAAAUUUACUCUAGUCGGGGCUUCGAAAAAGUCGAAUUUAUCUAGAACUUUGAUCUCUUGUAGGUAGCCGUGACCUAGCACCAAAAUAAACAUUCGUUUAAAUUCAAUGAAAAUGUUUAAACGGUUUUAUUAAAUUACAUAUAGAAUAAACUGUUGUGAUUAGUUGUACCUCCCUACUGUUUAUUAUAAUUUAUUCCUAUAAUAACUAUUAUAACUAUGCGAAUGUAUUUUAAUUGAAUUAAUUUUUAAAAAUAAAAAAUACACGAAAUUCGUCGAUUUUUUGAACUAAUAUAUUAUUUGUGUUUGCAGCAAAUGGUUCAAGGGGGAAUUGAUCCAUAUGCAUCACUCGCGGCAGCGUCUGGUGCAUUCCCAAUGCAACAACCCGGUCAGAUGGCCAUGACGCUCAAAAUGGCCAAUCCCCAACCGACUCUUAUGCCGGCACCGGUAGCUGCACCUCAAACUGCAGCUCCUCUCCCACCGGUAACUAUUGAGAGUGAUCUGCCGCCACCGUCCUCUGUAUAUUCAUCACCAACGGGACUCAACAUAUCCAUGGUGUCACAACAACAACAACAACAGCAGCAGCAGCAGCAUCAGCAACAACAACAGCAACAACAACAGCAACAGCAGCAGCAGCAGCAGCAGCAACAACAACAACAGCAACAGCAACAGUCAGUUGGAUUACUUAAGUCUGAUCAACAACCAAAUAUAAUCACAACAACACAAUCGGUAAGUAUUGAAGUUUAGUAUAAUAUUUUAGUAAAUUCGACAAAUUGCUAACAUUUUCCGCUCACAUUGUAGUAGUCUUGGUAAUAUUUGUUUGUAUAAUCCAAAAAAAAAAAAAAAAAGGUUUUUUCCUUUGCCAUAUUUUUUUUUUUUUUUUUUUUUUUUUUGUGAUGUAUAGUUGGAAUGUACUAAUGCCACGAAUGCGUUGACUACACCGGUGUCAGUAUCUGUAGCCUCACCAACGAACGUUACCAAUGUUGGCGCUGGGUCCCCUUGUUCAUCUAGCGAAGACAAAAAUAUCCAGUCAAAGAGACUUCAUGUAUCAAAUAUACCCUUUAGAUUUAGAGAGCCUGACUUGCGUGCCAUGUUUGGGGUAAUUAAUUAAUAUUUUGUUUGAUAAAUGAAAAUAUAAAAAUAAUAUUGUAUUAUUACUAGGUACUUGUAGAUUCCCAAAAUAUGUUAAUCAAUUUCAUCUGGUAUUAUGUUUGAGCAGGUUUAAAUUGAAAAAUAACAUUACAACCCCAUAUUCUUCAAUAUUUAUGAAUUUAUUAUUUAGAGUAUUAUUUAGAACUCAAUUAGGUGUCUAUAUAAUAAAAUAUACUUGAGUUGGUGUUGUCAAUAUUAUUAUGUCGUUUUUAUGCAUAUAGAUUGAGUAAAAAACUAUUAUAGAUACAUUAUUAUAAUAUCAUAGCUUCCUGCACAAACCUAACCAUCAGAAUUCAUUAUAAAAACAUCUAUCAUGUAUUAGCUUUUAAAAUAAGAUUAUGUUGAAUAUAAUAGUGCUUCUAGGUUGCAACUUAAAUGCAAUUUUUGCAUAAUAACAUUUUAAAUUAAUUAUUGCAAUUCAAAUGUUACCAUAUUAAAUUAAUAUGAUUUAUUUUGCCUUAAUAUAAAAUUAUGUAUUUUUCAGCAAUUUGGACCAAUUCUAGAUGUUGAAAUUAUUUUUAAUGAGCGUGGAUCAAAGGUAAUUAUGGUUAAUUGUAGUCAAUAAAAUAUUUAUAAUUAUAAAAUGUAUACCUUAAUUAAAUAAAACAAACCAUUCACGCUUUGUUGGCAGCUAAGUAACUUUAAAUAAUACAUUGACCUAAUAAAUAAUAAAAUUAUAGAAGUAAAUAAGAAAUAAUUCGCAUAAUCAUUAAAAACAAAAUAUGAAUACAACAGUAAUAUUAAAACUACAAGUUUAUUUUUAUUAGGCUUAUUAUUAUAUUCAUAUUAUUGUUGAGGUAUUUUACAUUUAUUUACAUCAAUUUUAAAUAAUAAAUAAUUAAUGUAUUAAGAUACAAGAUUAAUUUGAGCUUUUAAUACUUAAAUAUGAAUUAUGUUUUUAAAUAUGCGGUUAUUAUAUUAUUCAAAUUUCAAACAAAAUUUUUGAUUAUUAGGUAUAAAUAUUAUUCCAACUUUUGAAGAAUAUAUUAUUUAAAACAAUUAAUUUUGGAAUUAUUUAAAUUUAAUUCAACAUUGAUAUUUCAAUAAUAAAUCCUUUUCUUUGUAUUUUUUUUUUCCAUAUCCAAUCGGACAAUUUUUGGGAGCAUUCACACAAAGCUAUAAGUAGCGCAAUAUUUUAUUUUUACUUAACACUAGUUUAUCAUUGACACGUAAUUAAUAGCACAAUAACGCUAAUAAAAAUUGUAUACCGCUUAAAAGUUCCACUUUCUUGUGAAAUGCUAUACAUAAUGAAUGCUGGACUAACUUAGCAUUUACUGUACUAUUUAUUUUUUUAAUUGUUGUAUAGUGUUAACUGUGAACGUCAAUGUUCGCUUUCCCCAAACAAAUUUAACUAAAUCAUUUUCACGUUUCUUCUAAAAAAAAAAAUAAUAAACAUUUUAAACAUACAUAAAAUUCAAGUUACUUUUUGGUAAUAACAUAUGAAAAAAAAUGUAUUUUCUGUUGAGUUUGUUUAUUUGCAUGUGUUUUGUUGUGUGUGUUGCAUGCAGGGAUUCGGUUUUGUAACGUUUGGGAAUAGCGCUGACGCUGAUGAGGCUCGCGAACAUCUUCACGGAACAGUUGUUGAAGGCAGAAAAAUAGAGGUUUGCAUGCAAAUAUUUAUGCUAUUUAUAUAUACUUAUAUGUAUUAUAUAUAUUCUUAUAUUUUUACUUAUGAUUUAUAUGUUUACACUUAUUAUAUAGUAAGACUAAUCACAAAGUAGAAUCUUAAUUUUUUAUGAACAAUAAUUGUAAAAAUUCUUAAUCAUUAUUAUUAUUACUAUUAUUAUUACCUAUUAUUAUUAUUAUUAUUAUUAUUAUUACCUAUUAUUAUUAUUAUUAUUAUUAUUAUUAUUAUUAUUUGUUUAGCACUUGAUGUUUUCAAUAUUUUCCUGGAUCAUCAAUAAUUUAUUUAAAAAUUAAGUGUUUUUAUUUAUUUUUUGAAGUUUUUAUAUUUUUGGUUUUAUUUUUUUAUUUUUAAAUUGUUAUACUUUAAUUCUUAUACUCUUUAAGUUAAUAUUGAUGGUGCGUGAAUUAUGGACAUCAGGGGUUAUAAAUGUUGUUUUUUUAAUGUAAAUGUUUAUUUAGUUUUCAUUCAUCUUGGCUAAACAAAAAUGCUUGACUACGCCAUUAUUUUCAAUAAACAUAAAUAGUGUUACACUGAAUAUUAAUUUUUCUACUUUAAAUUACUACAAAAUAUAAGAAAUUCCAUUCUUUUAUUCUAAUUAUUAAUCAUAUUUUAAUUUAGCUAAUAAAUUGAAAUAUUUAAAAUCCGAUGUUUUGAGUUAAACAAUGUUUAACUGAAUAUAUUUAAAAAAAAAUAUCAUUAAAACCAAUACGACUUGUAUCAUUCUACUAAUUAGGAUUAUUGCUUUAAACUUUGCCUAUUACAUAUAUUUGUAUUUUGUUUAACAAUCAGCUAAUAAUUUUACAUGAAUUACUGAUGCUAAAAUUAUGUAACAACUAAUUUAUUGAUAAAACUCAAUGUAGCAAUGUCUGUCGCGUGUCUUCUUCUUUCUUAAGUAUUUUAAAAUUAAAAAUGGUGAUUUUUUAAACAGCUAUUGUUGGUUAUAGUAUGUUAGAUAGAAAGGAUUUAUGCUAAAGUGAUUAGUUAAUUUAUAUCAUCACAUUAAAGACUUGAUACUGUAUUAUUAUUUUGUUUUAACUCAAUGUGAAUACUGAUUACUGACAAAUUAUUAUUUUAAUUUAAAUUCGUCAGGAUAGAAAUUUUUCUAGCAAAAUUAUGUCUAAAAAGUCUUAAUUAGUUUAGAACUGUUAAUUUUUGGUUUACUGAGAUUUUCAUUGAAGUGCCAAUGCUAUCAUUGCUACCAUUAAAAUAUUUUUUAUCCUGAGAAAUGUGUAGUAAUAUUUAUGAAAAUGUGCAUGCGAUGAAAAGAAAACAUUGUGUUGGGACUGAGAUGUUGUGUGCAAAUGAAUAUUUGUUAUUUGUUUGAUAUCCCUAUCAAAUCAUAAUAUUUUGAACCUUCAAACUUCUAAAUUAUUUUCUUGGAAAAGGUUACUCACGGUGUAUUUUGUUGGCACUCUGUUUGUGAAUGUUCGAUUCUGAAGUAUUGGAUCCUAGUUAUUUGUUAUUACCACCAGCAUUAUUCAGUCAUGUUUUUUUAGGUUUUUUUACUUUUUUAGUGUAGUACAUUUGAGAGGAAAAUAUUUUAUUAUUAUCAUUCUUUAAUUUUGUAACGAUAAUAUUGUAAAUCCUUCCAUGUAUCAAGAUGCUCGAAUGUAAUUGAAUGAUUUGCAUGAUGCUUCAGUCACGACUAUGGGCCUGGCUGUAAAAUAAACUUUAUCUUUUGUCUAAUUCCUCUAUCAAUGUCAAUGUAUCUAUUUCCUUAAUAAACACUUAGUUUCUCCUAUUUAUGAUAAAAUGUUGAAAACAAUAUACUUAAAUAAAAAUAAUAAAACCGUCCCCAUAAUAUUUUUUUUUUUUAUAUACUUUCACAUUCUACAACAUAUUCUGAUUAUUACAUGUUUCCGAAGGCUAGUAUUGAUUGUAGGUUACAAACGUGAUUUAGAGGUCUCAUGUCAAGCAUUUCUUUUCUGUGUUUUCAAGUGUCAGAUUAUUUGACAUUUCUUUGCUGAUUUGGUGAAUUUAUCCAAAUGCUACUCUCCUGGGACGAAUAUACCAAUUUUAUAAUGUCGUUUUUGACAAGUAAGUAUGUUAGACUAGUCAAGUUUUUACUACAUAAGACAAAAUUAUGUAUUGAUAUGAACUAUGAAAUAGUGUGGUGUCCGAAAAUAAAUUUGUUAAUAAUGAAAUUGAAAUCCUUUAUUUAACUUCUUGAACUUCUUUGAUUAAUGUACACAUAUUUUAUAAUUUGUAUUCUAUUUCAAUUUCAUUGUCGCAUUAUAUGUAUGAAUUAUGUAAUAGAUUAAGUCAAGUUUCUCUUAAUGUUAUUAAUUUUAAGUUAAAUAUUAAUCUAGGUUUAUUAAAAUGUAAAUAAAAAGUUAAAACAUAAGUUUUUUUUUUGUUAUUAUUUUAUUUUAGGUGAAUAAUGCAACAGCUAGAGUACAAACUAAAAAAGUGGCUGCCCCAUUACAAAUACCAAAUGGUUAGUAUUUAUUUUUUUUUACUUUUAUACAUAUAAAUAAUUUACUUAAAUUUAUAAAAAAAAUAGGUUUAGUUUAUACAUAUUUAUAAAUAAAUAUAAAAUCAUAAUAUUAAUUUAAAAAAAUAUAUUUAUGUACAUAAGUACUCACUAAAAUGGCUUCUUCACUAUUGUAUGCUUUUUAAAAUAUUCAUUUGGCAAUAAAUUAUUAUAUUUGAUUCUUAUUUUCAAUGCUAAUAGUGAUAUAAUAUAUAGGUAUUGUGUUUAACAUUCAAGUUAAAUUCAUUAAAAAUAUAUAAAAUAUUAAACAGUCGCAAAUUGAGGAUUCAAAAUACGUUUAAUGGCUUAGAUAAUUUGUAGGUGUUUUUCUUUUAAGUAUUCUGUACUAUAUGUUUAGUUUUUCUCAAUACGGUAGAUAAUAGUUGUUCUUGGGAUUAUAAUUUAUAACUUCCAAGGUCAAAAAUUAUAGAGUUUUCCAAUAUGGUAUUUUUAAAUUUUGUUAUGUGUUUUGGUUGAUUUCAAUAGUAUUACUCUCUAGAAACGGAGUAUUGCCGAACCUUGGUGAGAAACUGUUUGUAAAAUUUAGUGCAUGUUUCUGAAUCUUAGAACAUUUUACAAUAUUUUUUGUGCUUAAAUUUAUAUUUUUAAAAGUGCACCAAUCACUUAUUGUAUAUUUUUUUCCAUGCACAUUAUGGCAAUUUUUUUUUAUUUUUUAACACAUCUCAUGUUUAUUUUGUUUAAAUAUACUCAUAAUACUCGUAUAUUAUUUAGAUUACAUUUAUUUUGUGUUACUUAAUUUUUAGUUAUUAGUUAAAUACAUAAAAUAUAAUAUAUAUAUACAUAUAUUCCAGUGCUUCCCAAUUUUUUUUAACACUGCUCUUUUUGAACUAAGGUUUUCUCAGGGCGCCCUUGCAAAUAAUUUCAAUCAAAAUAAUAUUUUGGGCAAAUUAGCAACAAAUAGUAUUAGUCUUGUUUUUCUAAUUGUAUGGUCAAUAUAACUCAGAAGUCAACAAAAAUAAUACCAAUAUAUUGACUAUUUUAGUCAGUUCUUUUUAAUUUUUAUUGAAAAACUGUUGGUAAUAAAGACAUUUUUUUUAAGAUUGAGUACUACUAUUCAAAAAAUUCUAAUCUUUUAAAGUACAGUAUGAACAAUUUGGAGCUUUUUUAUGAACUGAAAGUACUUUCCGAACGAAAAAGACAGAACCUAAGCCCUCGUAAUCAUAAUCAGCAUCAUCGUUUUCGCUGUAAUUUGAGUUUCAAAUUAAUUUUUAGACCAGAUAGUAUUCUACAUGGUUACCUAGUACCCCUAUAUAGACACUCCUCAGGGUUCCACGUCGCACAUUUUUAAAACCGCUAGCAUAUUUAAUAGAUUGUUGGAAUAUAAAUUGAUUUUAAAUGGAUAUUUGGGAAAUUUUUAAACACUUGCUUAUUUGUUAUUUGUAUUUUUAAUAUUAUGCUUUAAGUAGUAAUUGCACAAUUUGUAUGUAUAAUAUUGUAUGUAUGGUAAAUUACUUAUGUAUUGGCUAACCUUUGGAUUGUUCUUAUUGUGGUUUGCAGUUUGUGUUCAGUGGCCUGAGGGUAAGUAAACUAUCAGUGCAAUGUAAAAAUUAAAACUCUAAUGCAUGUUUUAACUAACAUUUAGAUUAAUAUUUUCUCUUUUUAACAAAAUAUUGAUAAUACUAUUCGUGUAGAAUCUUUUUUAAAUCUAAACGUCGAUUUUUAGAUACUUAUCACUUAACAGCAUGAUAUUAUAAAAUCCGUACGACGCAAAAUAAUAAUUAUUAAUAAACCUAGCCUAAUGGGAAAACUAUACAUUCUUCUUGUAAUACGUAAAAAAAUCCGCCUAUCUACACCGUAUAAAAUAAUACAAUAAUUUCGUAAAGGUACUAAACGUCCGUAUGAAGGGGUUUUUUUCUCCCGACAAAUUAAUUUGAAUAUUGCCCAUACCUGUGUUGUUACAUCGAUCGCAAUAUCAUCACACGAUAAACACGCGUGUUUAACAUAAUAAUAUUAUUAAGUAUACCGACAUUAUUAUACAAACGUAUUGUAUUUGUAUUUUUCCCCCUUCAUUUAGCUAAGUAGUCUGUUUCUUUUAGCAUGUUAAUAAAUAAUGAAAGCAAAAAAAAAAACAACCAAAAUCAUUGUUCUCGUCGUUGUCUCUAACAAUCGUGGUCUAUUUUAUUAGCCGCCGCCGCAGCGUUGAGAGGAGCAGCCAUCCAACGGGGUCGAGCCGUAGCCGCGGCCAACGCUGUCAGAAAUGCUGCCGCAAUGGCCGCCGUAGCCGCAGCGUCUAACGGCGGGUUCCCUUCGGCGGGCGCUCCAGGAUUCAAUGCCGCCAGAUUACCGCCGACCAGUAUUGCCGUUACGCCCAAUCCGUUACAAGCCAUCAGCGCCGCUCCCGGUACCUACGCCCCGUAAGUGCAAUAAGUUAUCACAAUACUAGACGUUUUUAAUUUUACCGCGGAUUAUUUUUAUUUUCGGGAUUGGUACCAAAUAUCCUAACCGGUCGUGAUCGUCAAUUUUAGACAGUUUUCAAUUGGAUAUUAUAUUAUUUGAUAUUUUAUCUCUGAAAUUAAAAUUCCCCGGGAAAAAAAUCACCCCCUACACUACUGACAAAAAAAAAAAAAAAAAUGGUAUUGUUGAAGAAAAUUUGAUUCGGCAGUCGAUGAAAAACCGCGACGGGUUCAGAUAAAGUAAAGAGGAAAACGGAUAAACCUAAAAUAUACCUGUUGGCCCAAACCUGGCACAGUUCCCACUGCUUCUGAGGAACUCGGUGUCCUAAUUGUAAAACUAAAACCUUGUCGAUAAAAAUCACGACGGGAUUAUCUAAAAGCAGGAAAAAAACUAACCUACCCCGUCCAAAUAUUGACAAUAUAAUCAACUUCAACCAAAAAAAAAGUAAGCGUUUUUUUUUCUUGAAAACGUUUUUCUUGACCAAUGUUUUUUAUUUGUUUAUUUUUGAACAUUGAUAUAGUAUUCACACGAAAAAUUCACUGGUGUUUAUUUAGCGAAUUUUAAUUUUACCGAGUUGCUAUCGAUUUUAUAACAAAUAGUUAUGUACCAUUACUAUAUAAUAUUUCUACCGCGUAGAUUAAUCUGCGGUUCGUGGCUAAACCGUUUGACGCUUUAUUUUCAAUCUCAUUAGCCAAUGUACGAAUAUAAUAAUUUUAAAAUGAUUAUUAUCGAUGAAUUUCAAUACUAAAAUAAUAUUAUCUUCUUUAUAUAUUACGUUUAGCGUGUUAACCUUAGUUCACUUUGAAUACCAAUGCCAUUAGUUUAAUGUAUACGUUCAGGUAAUUUCGAUAAAAUAAACAAAACUAUCUACGUCCAGUCUUGAGUUUAAUAUACCAUCGUUGAUUUUUAUAUAUUUUUUCAAACUUUUAAUGUGUCAUCCAUGUAACCUAAUACAAAUUUCAAUAAAAUUCCUGACUCGUUUCAAUUUCACCACGAUAAAAUUUGUUGUCAAAAACUUUCGAAAAUUCGAGGUAGUCCUUUAUUUAAGUGUCAAAACUGUAUUCAACUUCCAUCCCAACCUUUUCAUCUUUUACGAAUCAACCGAUUUUGCAAAACUCUGUGUUACUGUAGCUUGUGUAUAGGGAGGGCUUAAAACAUAACCACAGUGUGCAACGUUUCAAGUUUCGAUAGUUUCGGAAUAAUCAAAGGUAUCGCCUUUUAUUAGGUUAAUCACUAUAUAAUAUAAUUACAACGAAAAUAUAGAUUAAAAAAGUAAUCAUUUUAAAGUAUACGUAUGGCAUACUACAUAAAACUCAUAUAUUAUAGUCAUAAAUAACGAAAAAUAAAGAACAUAACCGACUCUUAGUUUAUUAUCCGAUAAUAUUUUUUGAAGCGGAGGCGUUAUAUUAUUUAGAAAAUUAUUAGAUAUACUUUUUAUUUUUAUCGGCGUUAAAUAAAAUCGUAUCAUCAUAUUAUUUUACUUACUUACAAUAUUUCCAUAUUAUUUAUAAUGCGUUUUAGUAAAAUUAGUUUUAAUUAUAAUAUAUAGAUAAUAUAUUAAAUUUGAUUAGGUAUUCCGAAUGUAUUACCGUUAUUUAUGUUUGAAUUCAGACUUUUAUAAUACUAUAUGCAUCAGCGGUUCUUAAACUUUUGGUGCACACUAAUCCCUGAUGAAAAACUUUUAGUAAUCGUAGAAUCCCCCCCCCCUUACCAAUUUUUUUUCAAAUACUUUUUUUUUUUUUACAAAAUAUCUUAUGUUAUCAUAUCAAUAUUUACCGAAAGAUCCGCCGCGAACUCCCGACAAAAGAUGUGUGGAUCUAUUCUUAUGCAUCAAAUCCUUUGAAAACAACGAAAAUUUGACUCCAUACAUGAAUGGACUAAGUCCUUUGAAAGAUCCGAUCCGUUUUUAUUAUUACGUUAGUGGGUAUAACAAAGGAUCUAGUCUGCUGAUCAGAUUCACCGAGGAUUUACGGAUUUAAUCCGUCAUAAAAUUCGCUCGUGUAUGGCCGGUGGAUUACAGUUGAAGAACCGCUGCUCUACAUAAUAAUAUUAUAAGUGCUUUAGAUACGUAAGGAAUGUCGACGAUGACGUGCACUUUGUAGAGAGACAUAAUACUAUUCUGUGUGUGUUCCAAAACUCUUAGUGCCGGCCAUUCGCGGUCGAACUUUUUCGCCGCAUUCGUGUUGAAAAUGUGUGUGGUAGCGAAACUGUGCAGCGGCGAAAUAUUCUAGAUCCGCCAACAAAGUGUAUAUCAUGCUAUAUUUUCUAAAAAUGUCUUAAUCUUUCUAAUUCGUUCACACCGUGAUUAGAGACGGUCUUGAGUUGUAUGAUAUUAUUAUGUUUUCGUAAAAAUGGUAGGCUCCCGGAUCUAUCUACUCUCUCUGUUAUCAAACCAUAUUUGUAUUUUUUUGAAGUUUUUAUGGUUAAAUCCAGUAUAUAAUUGCAGACAUUUCAUGACAUUGACAAACAAUAUGCAUUACGUUUUAUAAAAUUUUCGUUAAAUAUGUUAUAAUUUUAUAUUAUACAUUUUACUUCUACGAGUGUAAUGUUUUCUUAUCGUCGUAAUGUCGCGGCGUUUUUUUCGCUUUGUGACAUCAUAAUACAGCGGUAUUGAACUUAAAAAAAAAAAAUCAUUAACAUUAAUGCUUAAUACAAUAAUUUGCAUACACAUCGUUUCUGUUAUACAUGUACAUAGUUGAUUUCGAAUAACCCAAUUAAAUUUUUCAUUUUAUUCGACUGACGACGACGACGACGAUUAAUCGGUUUUUUAAUGUCCGUCGUAACCUGCUAUAGUGACGUUGCAUUCGAACCAAAAACUGGUUUUGCGAGUUACGGGAAUAAAAUAGUAUACAUAGAUGUGUUAUUUUGGAUAACCAGUUAUAGACAAAUGAAAAUAUAAUAUGCAACACGUGCAACCAUUUUAGUUCUUGAACAUCGUUACACGCAUAUAAACAUCGAAAUUUCAUGCAAUUUUUCAAUGUUCCUUGUAAUUGUAUAAAAUAUUAUAAUAUUAUACCUCGAAACCAGUAUUAUUUUAAUCUUCAAAACAUUUUUUUUUUUGUUUUACGAUAAAUAAUAAUAAAACCUCUACUCUACUAAACGUUAUUUAUUAGAAAAUUAUAUUUUGAAAAAUCUUCUCGUAUACGAUGAAUUUCUCAUUUGUUAGUUCGUACCAAUAUUAUACGAAACAAAGAAAAUUGAAAAGAUUUAAACGAAUUCGUAUUCUACUGUCUAUGUACCUAAAAAUUAGUUAUUUCUGAAAAUAUUGUAUUGGAUUUCAGUUUUCCCUGUUCUAACCUGUAAAACCGUAUUAAGUUUAGAUUUUGUUGGUUUUACUAUGGUCCGUGAAGUUUAUUUUUCCUGUCUAUUUACAAUUCAUCUACUAGAAAUCUUAAUGCAAAUUUCAAGUGCAGUUUGUUUUCUGAAAUAAAAUUCUGGGUUAUUGAUGGGGAGAUUGUUUUUCGAUUUCCGUUUUCUCAGUGGAAAAAAAAUAUAGGAAAACCAGGUAAGUUUACGAUAAUAACGGUUUUAUUGGUGUAAUAUUUAAUUUAAAACAAACAUCUAGACGUGACAUUUUCACAUAAUACUUCCUAAUAUUACCCUUUUAUGAUAUAUACAUAGUCAAAUUUAUAUAAUGUUCUGGCCAUUUUUGUGUUAUAUAUAUAUAUAUAUAUGUAUUUCAUUGUUUCAAAUUUGUUUGGUUUUAUGUGAAUACAAUUGUUUUAAUGAUGUUUCAAAUUUCCACACGAGGUUUAUAAGUUGUAAUUUUAGUGAGAAAAAAAAGUUGAAUGUAAUGUAGUAGUUUUUUUUUAUUAUAAAUAUGCAAGUUCAAAUUUUGACGAAAAUCGUAAAAAUCACUUCAUUUAAGAACACGUUUAACCAAAUUUUCAGAAUCAUUUUUCGUUAUUAAUUAAUCAUCGUUGCCUAUAGACAUAAAUUAAAUAACUUCCCACCUACAACAGCAGUAUCAUCUUUUUAUGUUUUUUUCCUGUAAAUGUUUUAUAUAGAUAACCGAUUUUGAAGGUAGUUAACCUUAUUUUUUUACGUAAAUGUAUCUGAAUAUUUAUAACGCUGUAAAGAACUUCGAUGUUUUUUAAAAAUAAACGAUCAUUAAUAUAUUAUUAAACGCUUUAUUACGCAAUGGCGAAAUGAUCAAAUCGAUCGCCGAAAUUCUACGGGUUGAACAGCACAUAGAUUAUUUAUAGAACACCUAUAAACAUAAAAUAUAAAUAUUUGUUAAGGUUUUGUUUAUUUUGUUUUUUAAUACGAUUUCCUCCGGUAUUUUUUUUUUUUUUUUUUUUUUUUUUUGUAUACAUUUUAAACACAAAAACAGUCGAACGUAAAAAUAUACGUUCAUUAACUUUUUUGAUGAACAGAAAUAUUUGAAACGGAUGUUGUCUGCCAAACAGAUCGUUUUUUCAUGUUUCAUUUUUUUUUUUUUUUUUCAUUUAUGAAUCGAUGAUAUAGGCAAUACUUAAUAUUUUUAUUUUUGAAUACCGUUUGAGUAUGUGCCAAUUGCCAAGUGUAAAAUACAUCAUAGUCGAUGUGAACGAUUGUUCGGUACUAGGCUAUGGAAACUCUUUUGUCCCGGGCGGAUGAGAGGCGAUACGGCCUUGAAAUUACGGGGCGCGUCGUUUUACCUUCACGUUUCGCACUGGAGAGAGGGGGGAAGACAGCCUUACUUUAUCUUCCGUAAUAUUAUUAUGAUAAGGUUAUCUAUACCACAAAAAAAAAAACCAUUUAUUUUUUUCGGUUAAAAAAACGAAAUGUCAACUGCACGCAAUUGAUAUAUAAUUAUAUUAUAUAUAUAUUUUACCAUUUUUUUUGUCAUGUACGCGUCAGUAUAUUUCACACUCGAAGGAAAUUAUCCAAGACGCUAUUCCUUAAGUUUUCUUCCGACUAACCAUUCGGUUUGCACAUUUGAAUUUAUCUAUUUUAAAAUCAACGACUCCAGUGACGUGCCCAGGAAUUUUUAAUGUGAAGGGAUGUAACAAAUAAAAAUCGUGAAGAAAGAGUAAAAUCGUCUUUUCUACUCAACUCGACUAUGGGAAUUGGUAAUUUAAAAGCCGGAUCUUAAAAAAAUCCAAUUAAAAAAUCAAUACAUCAAGCUUUUUCUCGGAAAUCGGCCGAAAUUUAUGAGUUUUGAUAUUAUAUUACUCAUAUUUUGUUAUUUCGUAUUUUUAAGCCAAUGAGGGGAUAUAACCCAUAAUCUCCCACAUGAUCACGCCACUGAACGACACUAAGAACCAACUGUAUUGUUUUUGUAAUUUGCUGCCCUAGGUGAAUUACGUUUAAAACCGUUUACUCCGUCAUUCCGUCCAAAUAAAAAUUGAGAAAACUAUUUAAAAUUUAAAUAAUUUUAAAUCUUGGACAUUACUUGGAGAAUUCAUAUAUAUAAUAUUUUUUAAAUACCACCAUAAAAACAACUGAAGUGUUUAUUGUAUCUUAUCUGUCUACGAACAAUUAUUACACAAUAUCGGAGAUAUCAUCAUUUUGGCAUUCUAGUAUAAAAGUUGAACAUAGAUAAAAUUUCGUCAAUUACAGAUGAAAAAUAAAUCGUAAAAAUUAAAUUUCAACAUUCUAUAACUUUGCCAAUUUUGUAAUUGAAAGAAAAUUGAUUGUACAUAAAUUGUUUUAAAAAAAACAGUUGAAUCGCGCAGGCAUGUACCAAAAGGGUUAAAAAUUUGAAAUUGUGUGUGAUUUGAGUACUCUCUAUCAUUCUCCGAAAAUUCUAUUUCAAUAAUAGGUCAUUCGACUGAAAUAUUUAGUGGUACCUUUUUGCGUAAACGCACUGUGUAAGUUACUUGAAUUAUAAAUCAUUCGUUUGUUUGAUUUUUUUUUUUUUUUUUUAAUUAUGUGCAUACAAAAUUUCAGGAAAUCAUAAACUACCUAUUUUCUAUUUGAACAAUAAUAUAAUAACAUAAAAACUGGUUAUCAUUAAAAUAAAAAAAAAGUAAAAGUUAUAACGCAGUAGAAAAAUCCUAGUACAUGUAUAUUAAAAUUUAAAUAUUUUAUUAAACUUAAUUUAAUUACUUUUCAGAAUCGAUAGUUUAUUUAGCGAUUUAUGUUAAUUAAUUAUUCUUUGAUUUAAAACCGAAUUGUAUUACAACACUCGUUCAAGCGUUUAAAAAUUGCAUAAAUAAGAUAUUAUUCAUGUGUUAUUAUAUCUAUUUAAAAUUAUUUAGUUUAAAAUUAGGAUUAGAAAUUAAGAAUUUGAAAAAUGGCUGAGAAAAAUUGUAAACAAUGCGUUUUACUGCUUUUCUUUCUUAACACCAGUAAUAUGUGUUUCAGCGGAACUAUGUACUAUGAUCCAUUCCUGGCAGCUCAAGCUGCAGACAGUAACUACAGGUUACAGGUAAUUUAACUUUUAUCAAUUUUAAUAAUUUAAGUGCCUAAUCAUUAAUAAAUAUUUAAACAUUUAAAAAAUAUAUAUCACCAUGUUUAAUUUAUAUACACACAAUCAACAAAAAAAAAAAAAAAAAUGGGUGAUUUAUAUAUUACAGUGAUUUUUUGUUUUUUUGAACCAAUCGGUUUUCUUUGCUCUUCAUUGAAAAUAUCUUUAUUUGUUUUAAUUGAAAUUAUUUUGAUAAUUUUGAUUAUUUAUAAAUAAUAUGUAUAUUUUCGUCGAAAAUAAAGUGAGUUUUUUUUAUCGGGCGUUAGCGAUGAUUAUAAUAUUAUGAAAAGGUGACCCGAUAAAUGAAUUGAGAAUUAGUUGAACUGGUGUUGGUAUUUUUUUUCAGGCAGGAGCAGUCAAUGAGGUAAAUGACGAUUCAUAUAGUAUAAUGACAAACUAUUCCUAUCCUAUACAAUUUUCUUAUAAUACCUACUUUAUCUUUUUUAUUAUUUUUAAUUGUAUUUUAUUAAAAUAUCAAAAGAAAAAAAAUAAUUUACUUAAGUUCCUAUUCUAUAUAAUAUUUGACAUGAACAAAUCAUUGCUCAAAUCAUUCCAAUCGUCGUUCUUGAAAUUCGUUUUAGAAAAAAAAUCUUAUGUGUAACGGAUUACAAAGGCUGAAAAAGGGAAAUAUAACGUGAGUUUUAUAUACGAAAAAAACAUGACGAAUGGCAUGGCCGGCCUUUUUUUUCUUGACAUCACCGCUUCUAUAUAAUGUAGAUGCACUGAGAAAUCAGUGUCUUGAUCAAUAUUUUAUUUAUUAUGCGGUUACAAAGUAAUAUUUGUACAUAUAAUAUUUAUAUUAAUAAUAUUUUAUUAACACCAAAUAAAUUCUGUUAUUCGGAAUUUUCCUGAAAGUUUGUACUAAUCGGUUACAUAUAUAGAGCGCUAAUCAUUAUAAUUUUUUAUUAACACUAUAUACGUUACAUAUUAUAUUUUGUACUUUUGCACAGUCUUUGAUUCCUGUGAUUUAUUAUUUUGAUUUUUUUUGUUUAGAACAUUAGGCAUUUGUUGUCUGAUUUUUAGAAAAUCAAUAUAUAGUAUUAUGAUAAUUAUUACUUAUAUAAAAUAAUAAUUACACGUAUGUAUUGUUACAUAAUGUGUACAUCAUACAUAUAUUUUAAAUAACAGCCGGCAUAUUCAAAAUAUUUAUAUGUAUGCGUUACAAUUAUAAUAUUUUUUUGUUUAAACAUAUUCGAGAAUUUAUUAUAAUAUAUUUAUCAAAAAAUGAUUAUAUCCAUAACGCACGCACUCUAUACACACCCAUCUAUAAAGUUACACAUAAUAUUAUUAUCCAUUUACUACUUAGUUACGUUUUUUGAAUAUGACAUAAUAUUAUACCUAUAGUAUACAUUUACUUACAUGUAUACACUUUUUUUUUUGUACGUUAUGUUUACACUAAUAUAUUGUUAGUCUAGAGUGAAAGGGUGAAAAAUGAUAUUCAUAAAUAAUUCAAACAACACGAUUAAUGUGGAAAUUUGUCGCUACCGUGGUGGUAAUUGGCAUCAGUUGAGUAUUUAAUUUCUAUGUUAGACUUUUGAUUGGUAUAAGACUGUGCAACAUAUUUAGUGUUUAUUUAUUUAUUUUUCGGUGGCGGAAUCGUUUGUGAAAUUUUUUUAUAUAUAUUGAAAUGGCCUAAUUAAAAAAAAAGUAAAACAUAAUUUUUUUAAAAAAUUGCAUGUGACAAAAAUAUAUAUAUUAUAUUAUACGAGCACAAACUCACUCGCUAAAUAACUAUUAUACAGGUUGAAUAGUAUAUUUAACAAUUUUUUUUUUUUUUUGUCGUAUCUUGGUAUACAAGGAAAACAAACAUUUGUUGAUUUUAUUAGACUUUUUUCUUUUUUAUUUAACCUAAAUAUACAUAAAAUAUAAUAUAUGUGUACACUUAAUAUUAUUAUUUCUGUGUAUAUGUAUAUGUAUUAUGUAUGUAUUUUUUAUUUAUUAAUUUUUUUUUUUUUUUUUUUGGGUUGCCUGUUAUUUCUUUCUCUUUACAUAUAUUAUAUAUAUAUAUGUGUAUUGGCUGUUUUGUUGGGGACAUAAUAUUAAUAAAGUAGACGAAAAGCUAUGCUUGUAGCGAUUCACUGAGAAAAUAAAAACAAUUUCAAAUUUGGGCAUUAUAUUAUUAAUAUAAUAAAAUCUUAAUAUAAUAAUAUAUAAUAUAGCCUUUGUUGAAAAUAAUAAUAUAUAUAUUUAUAUAUAUUAAUAUAUUAUAUAAAUUAUAUGUGUAUAUAUAUAUGUAUAUUAUUAUGUGUCUUACCUUAUUUAUUUGUGUUGCUAGAAAUUUACCGCUAUCAUAUUGAAUAAUAUAUUAUAUAAUGGAACAUUUUUAGGGUGAUAUGCCACAUAUUAGCUGAACGUACAGCUAACUGUUGCAUGUGAAAUGGUUCAUAGUGGUUUUUAAUUUAUUUUUUUUUUUUAUUUUUUGUGUGUAUCCACAUGUUUUUAUAGAAGGUUUUCGAAUAAUUUUUUAUUAUUAUUAUUAUUAUAUAUCCAUACAAUACAUCAUUAUUAAAAUUAUUACCAUUCUUGUUUCUAUACUUCGUUCCAUUUUAUUUUUGUACCGUUUAUAUAUUGAUACUGAAAUUCCUAUUAUAUUGUAAUAUUUUCAUCGCACGAUCUUUACCGAUUUACAUAACAUAGAGGUCUAUUCGCAUAUUAUAAUAUUAUACAUGCAUAUUAUGUGUAGAGGUGCCCGAUUGUUGAUUUGAUUUUUUUUUUUUUUUAUUAAUAUUUUCUUAUUCUUGCUAAUCGAAACAGCGGUAUAAUUAUUAUAUCAAAUCUCUAAUGUCACAAGUAUUUAGAGAUUAUUCGACUACAAUAUUAUACUAUAUUACACGGUACUAGGCAAGUUAUAAAAUAUUUACAUUUCCACCGCUCUUUAUUUAUUAUUAUUGUUAUUAUUAUUAUUAUUAUUAUUCGCUAAUGUAUUAUUAUUAUUAUUAUAUUGUAUAGUGACGCUUACACCUCAUGGUUUUCUACUUUUUUUUUUUUGAAACGUACUCACCAAUUUAUUCUUUAUUUAACUUGCCUAGUGUACGUAAUUAUUGCAUCACGGUAAAUUUGACAUAUUAUUGAAAUAUAUAUAUAUAUAUAUAUAUAUAUAUUUAUUUAUUAUAAUAACGGUAUGCAUCAUAUUAUUCAAUAUUUUUGUCCAAAUGUUGUGUUGAUAUAAAUAUUGUACUAUUAAUACUUAUUGCCUGGUUUUAUUUUUUUAUUAUUACUUUUUUUUUUUUUUUUUUAUUGCUAGUAUUGGUUUAGGGGUGCAACUCAUAAACAACAACGAAAAAAAGAGCGCAACUUAACGUCAUAAAAGCAAUAAUAUUAUAUAUAUUUAUUUUAUUUUUUUGUACAUUAAAAUAAUUUACAUGUCGAUAAUCAUUUUUUUUCUUUUCUUACAUUAAUAAUAUUAUAAUUUUAUAUAUUAUAUUCAUAAUAUUAUAAUAAUAAUAAUAAUAAUAAUAAUAAUAUAAUGCUUGAUUGAUUCCGGUAUAACGCGUCCACGUGUGAUUAUUGUGCCUGCAUUUUUUUUAUGUGUAACAUUUUUGUUUUACUAAUCGUUCCGAAAACAGGUAGCUGCCGCAGCAGCAGCCGCGUCGCCCCUACUUAAAGCCGCAGCCGCUGCCCAAGGGACUCCAGCGUUAUCGUCCGCCGCAGCUGUGGCCCAAGCGCAACAGGCGUCCUACGUAGCCGCCGCCACGUACACGGCCGCGGCGGCCAGGGCGUACAACGCGGCGGCCGCAGCCGCCAACAACCCGAUGGCCAACCCGGCGGCCGCUGCUGCCGCAACGUACACGGCGUUGCCAGCUGGGUGAGAGCGAUAAAAAAUAAUAUUCCCUACCCCGUCGUCCGAUCCCGCGAUGACCACGAUAGAUACUAAAAUACGAACGUUUUUUAAAUGAAUAAUAAUAUUUACUUGAUCAUUCAGCGAAUUUACGUCGUCAUGAUCAGUUAACCGGUAAUACAAAAUAUAUUUUUGUAUGAUAAUUGUAUUUAUAUUUGACAUCGGGUUAUUAUUAUUAUUCUUAAUUUCUGUGUGGCCACUGUUUUGCAGAUUACAGUAUAAAUCGAACAUUUUCGCAUUUAAAUUUUAAACUUGCCCGUAACUCAAAGUUGCAGUUUAGCUUAGAUAAUAUUUCCCUGUUUUUUUUUUUUCCGGUCGAUUUCGAUCUCAUUUUUCGUUAUUUUAUGGAGAAGUGACGGUAUUCCCGACGGCCGAUACUCUGAAUGUGUUCUAUAAUAAACUACACUAAUCUAAUCUAAUCUAACCUAACCUAACCUAACCUCUUAUUUAUUUAUUUAUUUUUUUAUUUUUGUGGAAUCGUUAGGUCUGGGGAGAAUCGUUUAUUGUAAAAUAAAAGUAUCUACACGUAAAAUUAGAAUAUAAUACCCCCUUCGUGGGCCAAAUCUAACUUAACCUAAGCUGUGUGGUAAAAACAUAUAAAUUGCAUAUUUGUCGUUUUUAUUCAAAUAUUAUUAUUUUGCAAUAUCCCACUCCGCGCGCGCAGAAAAUAAUUAAAAAUCGUUCAGAAACCUGUAAAAAAAAAAAAAAAAAUUGUCACAAUAUAACUUUUGUUCAUAUUUUUUGUCUUUUAAAUCUUUCCGUCUUUCUGUCUCUUUCUACUUUCUUGCACCGCCAAUGUACAUAAUUAUUUUUACACACAUUUGAUUUAUCUUUAUUUUGACCUCCAAAGUCUGAUUAACAUAAUAUGCCAGUGACGUGCCCAUUAAUUUUCAAUGGGAGGGGACGUAGUAAUUAAUAAUCACGAAUCAAUCGUGGAACCUUUUUCUAUACUUAACACUACAAUCAGUAACGCCGAAGUAGUUUAAAAAUACUCGGGCAAACAAAGCAAUACUGUAUUAUACUGGUCUUCUUUAGUUUAUAAUAUAUUACACAGCUCAUAGUACUAUUUACUUUAGUUAUAUUUUCUACAAAUACUACUCAUACUGUGUAUAUUUCUUACCACUAUCACCAUCUACUCACCACCAAUAAAUUUGGACCUGUACCUCGGUACGGCACCACUGUUUAAAAUCCGGAUCCAAAAAGGAUCAAUUUGUAUUCAAUAAAUCAGGCUUUUCCUUGUAAUUUUACCGAAAAAUGGUGAUUUUCAACCUCAGUUUCUUCCCAAUAAUACCUCAAAACCAAUCCUAGAUACGGUUAGGUUAGGAAUAGUAGUAUUGUUUACUGUAUAAUAACCGUACGAGUUUUGUAAAUUAAUUUUACAAAUAUGUAUUAUUAUGCAGUUUGCGUUAAAAAUAAUUGAUGCGAACACUACGUAUAUCUCGUGGGCGUUUUUUUUUUAUUAUUAUUAUUAUAUUAUUAAUCGACAAUUAAUAAUAUUGUUGUGUAGUUUUUUUGUUUUUUUUUUUUUUUUAUGACUAGGUUCAAGAAAACCAUCCGAUAGCUUAUGAUGUAUAAUAUAAUGUAUGAACGCGUUUAACUGACCAUGAUGAUUAAACUGUAUAUAAUAUUAUACCUUGCCUAUAAUUAUAAUUUAUAUAAGCAGUGACACGGGAAAAUAAAUAAUAAAAAAUAAAUUCACUGCAUGAAAGUACAUUAUAUUUUUCUUGUGUUGUGUAGUGAAAACGCUUCUUAUUUAUUUUGUGUUUAUUUGUUUUGUAUUUUGUAUUUAUUUAUUUAUUUAUUUUUUUGUAGUUUUGUAGCUUAUAUAUUAUUUGUUCGUUAUUUAUAUAUAGACUGGAUUAAUAUUAUAGACUUUUAUAAUAUUUCAUUAGAUAUUUAUAUUCCUUUAUUAUUAUUAUUAAUUUUUAUAUUUUGUGUUGCCUUUUUAGUUUAACAAUAUUACUGUGCGAUAUGCAUUAAUUCUAACGUGUUGUGUGCAUUUUUGUUUCAUUUUGUUCAUUCCAGUAAUAUUUAUUACGAUUUGAUUUUUUUUUAUAAUUUUACGUAUUUUUCAAUAUAAUAUACUUACAUAAUAAAAUAUACAAAACGCUAUAGGUAUAUAUACAUUAUUAUAUAGGCUCUUUGAAUACUGUAUUUUGAUGUUUUACAUACCUAAAUAUAAUAGGCAGUAUACUACAAAGUACGAUUCUCAAAUCGCCCUUGUCCAUCAUCACCCGUGUAUAUCCUACCUAUUAUAUUAUGUAAAAUAUGUAACUAACAUGUUUUUUUUUUUUUGACGUACGCGUUUUUCUAGAUAUACUGGGCGUGAGUACACUGCAGAAUCGUAUUUAGCUAGUCACGGUAUCGGUCCAGUCACUGGAUACGGGGUCAGUAUACAUUUUUUUUUUGGUUUUUUUUUUUUUUACCUUAUAAAUCUUUAGUUUAUAAUAAUAUGUGUACGUGUGUAUAAUAUUACAAUAAAAAUAUUUUUUAUUGAUGUGAAAUUCGUACGUUGCGCGCGCCGAACCGUAUACCUAACCUAUACGAUUAUCGGUUUGACCGGUUUUUCGGUAUUCGAAACUUGUGCUCGUCCGGGACCUAGCAGUGAGUCAGUAUUUAUACACGAGUAAAAAUAUAUUACACGAUAUUCGCAGCGGUAUUUACUCACAGUCACAAUAUUGUUGCUAUAAUAUUAUUAUUUAUCGAUUUGUUCGUUUCGCGAUCGACGAUGAGACAUCCGAAUUUUUUUAUGCCAAAAACAACGACGGUCGUAUUAUAGGCGUAAUCUGAAGUAAAUUAUUGGGGGGGGAAGACUGUGGUGAAACUAAUAGUCUAUUAUAGGCAUCGAAAAUACCACAGCGGUCGCACGACGAUAAAGAAAAAUAUUGUGCCCGCAACCGUCAUAACCGCGAAUUAAGAUCACUUUAAUCGUGAUCAUAGAUAACGAUAAUAUUAUAUUGAACAGUUUAUUGUUAUCAUGUGAAUGAAAAAUGAAUAUUAUUAAACGAUGUUUUGUGCUUUUUAAAAUUGUUUAUAUUUAAAUGUUGGAUGAGUGGAGUCAAAAAUAUACUAUUUCCCCCUCGCCAAAUAUCUGAGGGGGGCAGUUGCCUCUUUUGCUCCUUCCUCCCAGAUUACGAAUACGACGGCGAUAUUAAUUGUUUGACCAUGGCGUCGUCAUGACGUUUCGUUUCAUGAAAACAGUUCAGACUUUUCGCGGUAACGUCAAACCCAAAUACCCGAUUUCAUUGGCUACAAUUAAUUAGGAAUAAACUGUAGAGAGACUAUUUCAACUUAACCUGUACAAUAUACAUCUUAUAACCGAGUUAAUAAAAUAUUUCUCAAAUGACGUCACCGCGAUUUCUUCUUUCCGCUUAGGUUUUCUAAAGAUUUAAUAUUUCAUUUUGUCAAAUUAAAAAAAAAUACAACACCACCAAACCGUAGACAUUUUAUUAUUAUACGGACUGCGAGUCCCACAUACCUAGCUUUGAGUUGUCUAUUAGGUACCGGCAUUCUAAGAAAGAUAUAGUCGAAAUCUGGAUACAUAGAGACAUUUAAGUGUUGAGACUGGAAACUAAUAUUACUCUCUAAAUAAGAUAGGUUAGGAAUGGAUAACCCCUAAAAUGUAUGUUAUGUUUUUCCAACAAUACUGUUAUCUCUGUUGUUUAACUUCCCUUUCUCACUUACUAAUCACUAUCAAUGGGUGUUAUAGUUGUAUGCUAUAUUCGCCUAACAAUCGUGGUGUUCCGGACCUUUCUCGGCUCAGUUAUCAGUCCAUUUCACUGUAGGUCUAUGCGCCAUACGAGUAAACAAUUAAACGAUUAAUAUUAUGUAUUAGAGUUUCCGUAUACUAUAUUCCGAUAGUUGUUUGACAAAUAAAUUUAACUCGUUUAGUGAAUACGACUUGAUUAUUAUAUUUUUAUUACCCGACUUACGAGUGUACCCAGCUACGAAGAAAACGAUUCGAAAUGCGUGCUUCGUUGACCAAUAAUAAUAAUAGACAUAAACUCAGCGCACAAUUUUACAGCCAAGACGUUAAAAAUUGUAAUAAUAUACUAAACGAUUUUUCUAUAAUAUUCCGUUUUUCACGCGAUAAACGAUAACCGAAACAUUACAGAUAUCCGACAUAAUGCUUAAAAGAGAACCAUAAUAAACCUUUCCGUAUAUACUCUCGCCAAAAUAACAAACUCGAUUCGUUGAUAAUAAACUUUGUAAUCAGUUCUUCCCCCUCCCCCAAUUAGUUAAUUGUAUAACUUUGCUUAACGUAUUAGGUUAAACUACCUAAAAUUUUAUAUUCUGAACGUAUUCUGAGGAAUAUAUAGAGUUUUUGUUUAAUUAGUGCAAUUGAGAAGGUCAUUUUUUGAUUUCCUUUAUGGAUUUCUUAAUAAUUGGGAAAAAUUAUCUUUAAUAACGGUUCUGUUAUUUUAAGACCAAAAAUGUGCACAGAUACUCAAUUAUAACUUUCUAAACGUGGUUAAAUUUUCAAAACAUUUUGGUGAUUUUUGAUCUAUUUAUAAUGAUUCAAAAUGUUCAAGUUUUUUGAGUUUUUAUUUGGUUUUAUGCUGAUAAUAUUCUUUUGGCAAUGCAAAACGAUUGAAAAUUUAAACAAAGUUUAUCUUAGGCACUGUUAUUAGUGAUAAAAAAGAAAAAAAUUGAGCGUAAUGUAUUAUAUUCGUUUAAGCGUUGCCAGCUCAAAUUUUGACUAAAGUCGUAAAAAUCAUGAAAUUUCAAAACAUUUUACCAAAAUGCAAACAGACUUUCACCUAUAACAAUGGCGCACUCAUCGGCGGUAUCGACUUUUAAAAUAUUAACAUACAUACAUUUAUAUGAGUUUAAUGUUAAAACGAUCGAUUAAAAACCGUGUUUAAAAUAUCCAACUAAAAUUGUUUACUUCACAAAAGAUAUAAUUAAACUAUGGGAAUAUCAAUAACUUUAUCACUAAGUUGUUAUCAAAAAUUACAGCAAACAUAUUACAUAUUACUUGUUCGAUUGUCGCUUGGCGUUAAUAAAUAAAUAAAAUAAUUGAUUAUUGUUCGCUAUCGAGUUUUAGAUUUUGUAUUCGACAACAUUAUUCAAUAAAUGUUCAAAAACUCGCGAGGUUGGUUUUAUGACCCUAUAUCCCCCCUCCCAUCUUGGCUUUGCGCCUGAGUGCGACAUAAUAUUGCAUAACAGUGAAUAUUUUUUUCAGUAAAUUAUUAUUCACAAGAAAACGAUUUUACAAUAUUAUUAAGUCAUGAAAUUAUUUACAUAAUAAUUAUAUUAAUAAAUUACGUUUUUAUCAUAUUACCGGUCAGUUCGGUCUUACACUCCUAUGAACGCGUAAUAAUAUUAAAAACAUUAUUUACAUAAUAUGUACAUGAUGAUUAUUUUAUCGUACACUGUCAGCAGCGCGAUUAUCUAUAUUACGAAGGUUUUGAUUGUAUUUCAUUUUGUUUCAUUGUUUCAGGUAGACAUGUAUGUAUACAAUUGUGUAUGCAUAAAAUCAUUAAUUUAACCAUGGAUAUUAUAUUAUAUGCAAUUUAAUACUCUUCUCUAGUUCAGUGGCGUAAUUUGGUUUUUAUCUUUGUGGGAGGUGGUACACAUAAAACAAAAUUGAAUACCUAUUACAAAUAUUUGUGCCAUUUAUACAUUUUUUAUUCAUAUUUUUUACAAUACCUAUAAUAUAAAAUUAAGUUUUAUUUUUUGUUUUGAGAAUUAGCUCAUCAAUGAUGAUGUUCAUCUGACGUUAUUAUGAGUGAUCGAUGACACGAUAAUCCUUCGUAUACCUUCUUAAAAAAAACAUCUCUCUCGUAAUAUUUUCAUUAAUUACCUAUCUUAGUUCUUCACAUCUUCACAACUCUGAGGGUUUAGGGAAAUUUUAUCGUUUCGAACACGAGUUUAAAAAAUAUGUUGGUUGUUGCCGACACAUUAUUUGACAUAGUUGAUCAAACGAAUUAUUAUACGGAAUAUGGAUAAAAUGUUGAUAAUAUUGUAUUAUAUGCUGAUUGUUAAUCAAGCAAUAACGAUUAAAAAUUAAUUUUAACCCAAACUAGAGAAAAAUUGAAAUUAGCCCAACUCAGGAAAUAUUUCGGUAGAUUUGUAUUGCUUAAUGUUACCGAAAUUACAACAGUCGAUCAGAAUACGACAAAAGGCACAGAUCAGAGCCGUCCCGAGAGUAGAGCCGUACCCUUUCACUACAGUCAGACAAGUCCAGCGCUUUAAUAUACACAAUAACAAUAAGAGCUGUCACUGAAGACCGGUGUCCCACUGUUGUAGGUGGGAAGUUAGGAUGGUAGAAUACAUUAAUAUGUUUAAUUUAUAUCUGUGCGCAACGAUAAUCCAUCGACGUAAACUAAAUGUUCAAGUAUUUCUCUAAUAGUCAAGUUGUUGAAAAAUAAACAAAGGUACAUGAAAAGUCGAUUUCAAUAUUUGAAAGAUAUAUAAAAUAAUAAGGAAUAUGUCGUUUCAAAACUAUUGGGAACAAUAUUGUAAAACGAAUACUUAAUGUGAAAUAUUAAAUGUUAUUCCAAUUAUCGUCAUUAUCGGGAUAAUUCUGUUCGCCACCAUUAUCAUUACUUUCUUCCAUAACUCCUAAGUCUUGAACUGUUGACUAUUCCAUCUCGCAUUCAUGGAGUUUUAAGAUUUCCUUCUAUGACAUCUUAACCAAACUUUCAGGGGCAGAUUUCACAAUUUGACGCACCUAUACUAAAUUUAAUUUCCCACCCCUAUCCUAAGAAAAAUAACUUAUGUAUAAUAAAAUAUCCAUAUAUAUAUAUUUUCUCAAUAAUUUGUAAUUAUUUUUUUAUUUAAGUAACGUUCAAAAAAAAAAGUUUAUUUCAAAAUAAUAUUUGCCAGGUAUUUAUUUUUAUAAAGUUAAAAUAAAUAAGAAAAACAUAAGUUUAUUAAUAAUAUAAGUGAUUUUAAUGCUAACCUCUCAUAGUUAUUAUUUAUAUAAGUUUUUUUCUAAAUUUCAUUCUUGACGAAUUGUCUUCAUAAUCUAAUGAUGAUGUGAAGUCAUUCUCUAUUGUUAAUAUAGCCAAGCAAUUCAAUCUUUCUUGCAGUUCAUCGUUGAUCUUAAAUAAUUCUUCUUUGAGACCGAAAACGAAUUCGAACGUUCAGCAAUACAGUUGCUAGCCGAUGUUGAGACGAAUAUUGGAAGGGCGAUUUCAAUAUUUGGAUAAAUAUCUUUUAUAUUACGAUUAUAUAUUACUUGCAGCAGUAGGAAUGGUGUAAUUUUCUUAUCUUUGAAACAUGUAAUUUGAUGAGAACGAAAAUAUAAAAGUCCAUUAAUAAAUUCAUUUUUUUCUAAAUCUGAUUUGUAAAUACAACAUAGUUCAUUUGCUAUAACCGUUGUAUCAGAAUCUUUAAAAUUCAUGUAGUUUAGUAAGAAAAUCAAAUGGCUUACAGAAUGUUUCAUAAGUUUUUCGUCUCAAUUACUCAAUUCAGUAGCGAAUCUGUCGAGUAUAGCAUAUAAUUUAUUAAUUCUAAAAUUAUCUUUCGUUGAUAUUUCUACUUGUCCAUUUCGAGUUUUAUCAUGGCCUAAAUUUUUUUUUCUUUUUAUAGAAUUUUCAUAUUGAUACGUUUUGUUUUUAACUUAAUGAUUUUUCUACAUAUUCAUCAAACGCCUCUCGCUGUGAAUUCACUAAAUAUAUCAAUGAAUCAUAUAACUAGAGGACUGUACACACAUCAAUGUUAACAUUCUGUAAUUUUUUGCUAACAACAUUUUUUAACCUAUGAAGUAAAAAACCCCACACUGCAGCUAUGAAUGCCACUUCCAGUUUCUCGAGUUGUAUUCAAGUCUAUGAGCUUAACAUUUUGUUUCUGAUUUUUCGGUUUUAUCCAAUUCGAUUGUAUUAAAAACUAGUAUUAUUUCAUCGCAUUAUACAUUCAAGCUGGCAUAAGAUAAACAAUAAAAUAAGCUCUAAUAAAGCAUAAUCGUUGUCAUCGUUGAUGAGUAUAUAUAAUGAGUAAAUAUAUAUCAUUUUACUAAAAAUAAACGAAUACAAAAUCCAAAUACACCGAUCAAGAAAUGGUAUAAUCAAAAAAAAAAAAAAAAUCGUAAUUGUAAAACAUUAAAACAAAAUAAAUAUUCAACACAAUUUUGCCGCUACUGAUCCCCUUUAGUGUGGUCUGCCUCGGGUUGUCUUCCACUCUAUAAUGUCCUUUGCAGUACCGUCUUUCAUCUUUCUUUGUCGACUGUUUAUGUAGCUACAUGAUUUAGUGCAGAGCCGGUUGUUUCUUCCAGCAAUUCCGCUUAUCCUUACUAAACUUCCUAUUCCAUUACAUCAAUCUCCAUACUUUGUUCUCAAAGAUUUCUUUCAUUCAAAUAAUAAUGCAAUAUAAUAACAUUUAUGUUUAAGUGUAUGUUUUUUGUUAAUAUUAUUGUUGUUUUAAUGAAAAACUUAAUUUUUUCUGUUUACAGCCAAUGUACCGAAGUGGCUACAACCGAUUCACCCCGUACUGA